GCUUACUGUCUUGGGAUUACUUGAACAAUCUUGCUUUUCACAAGAAGGUGAGUACUUUAUAUCAUACCCAGUAGCCUUUUCUAACACUAAAGUAAAAAUAGGCUGUAGGGUUGUGUCAUGAAAGGUGUUGCGGUAGCUCGGCUAUUGUACGCUCCAUACCUUUUGGGACAGAUAGAUUUGUCACUUUUUAGGGAUAACAAGAAGUGUCACAGAUCUGGGAGCUUGCUAUUAUAAAAGCUAAAUAAUAGGCACACGAUGGGGUCGACAUUUGAUGUCAUUUUGAAAAUAGCAGAGUCCUAGAGUAGAUACAGAUUAUGUUGCAUUUGUGACAGGAAAUAAAUAAAACAAACCACUUAAACAUAGUUUUAAAAGAUAUAUUUUGAAUAUAACUGGUAGUAUUAGGGCCUAGGGUUAUUGUUAGGGUUCCUUUAAUCACAUGGGAGCGUCUGCGUGUUCAUGUCCAGAGGAUAAUUUUUUCCACCUUGCAUUUGUUUGUAUGUGUGUGGUGCACAUGAAGUAGAUGUCUUUGUCUUUCAUCCCUCAAUGAACUUCAGGCUUUUCUUUUGAAGAAAGGUCUCUGUUAUCCCACUACAAACAGUUCGAGACUUGCAUAACAACAUUUCAAGAACAUUCCAAGAACACGUGAAGCCUUUCUGGAGGCAAUGGCUGCUUACAUACAUUGAUAUUAACUGUUUGCUAUCUGUUGAUGUUAUUUUUGUCUAAUGAGUAUAAUUAGAAAAUAUCAGAUGUAGUUAUGGGACUUAUCCAUCUCUCGUUAAUGUUUAUUUUAUUCCAUCAGCAUUUCAACCUUUCAUGGGUCUAUAGGAAGAUCUUGUUAUAAUUAGCAAAGCUGACUUAGUACCCAGAGAAGCUCUGUUAUAUGUGGAGUAGCCCCAUAUACCAUACUGAUGAGACUCAUAAUGUUGAACUUCUACAGUCCAUGGUUGGUUUCUGCUCAUUGGGCCUUUUGGAUAGGAACCCAUACUGGACUUACAAAUCUGUGUUUAAUACAAUACUCCAUUGCUAAGAGUAUCUGCAGAAUGCACGAUGCUGGUCUGUGCGUAUUCACAUAUGGAGCUGGGAAUUCUGGGAAAAUUGUGAAAACAUUAUUUCCCUAAAUUACCGUCUAUCAGAUCUAUUUUUUCCAAGGUCUUAUUUGAGAUAUGCAGAUGAUGAACAACAGUAAAUUUAAUUUAAUUUAUAUAUUUAUACUAGGCAGCAAGUGAACAGGCAGUUCUUGAAUUUAAUGUGUUGGAAGUAGGUAAAAUGAGCCAGUGAAAAGAUCUGAGUGACUUUGAUCAAGGACCAUGUAGUGAUGGCUAGACAACAGGUCAGAGCAUCUCUAAAUGGCCUGUCUUGCGGGGAGUUCCAGGUAUGCAGUGGUUAGUCUCUACUAAACGUGUUGCAGAGAAGGACAACCACAGCGAACCAGAGUCAGGAUCAUGGGCAACCAAGACUCACUGAUGCACCUGGAAAGUAAAGACUAACUGUCUAGUCCGACCACACAGAAAAGUUACUGUAGCUCAAAUUGCUGAGAAAUGUAAUUCUGGCCAUGAAAAAAAGUUGUCAGAACACACAGUGCAUCGCAGUUUGCUGCAUAUGGGGCUGCGUAUCUGCAGAUCGGUCAGAGUGCCCACAAAGAUUCGUGUCCACAACCGAAAUGGCGGCUCUAGACUUUGUGAGGCCUUAGGUCAGGCUUCCCCAAACUCUGGCCCUCUAGAUGUUGCUGAACUACAACCCCCAUGAUUCUCAGCCUAUCUAUUUAAUUUAUAGAAUCAUGGGAGUUGAAGUUCAGCAACAUCUGGAAUGCCGGAGUUUGAGGAAGCCUGCCUUAGGCGAAACUCAAACAUGAGGCCCCCACUAACACCCUAAGUGGAAAAAAAAUAUGGGUUAUUGUGUGUAUAAGGUGCUGUAGUUGUAUUGAAGGACAAGCUUGCAGAGAUGGAUACAGAGAGCUAGUCUCUGUAUUCUUUGUUCAGAGGCUUCCAGUGUCGUGGCUCCCUGUGCCGCUGCGUUGUGAGCUCUCCCACUCUAGUUAUGGCAUAAUUUGCAAACUAAAUUAAUUUGCAAUAAACAAAUUUACUUAUCACUUAUGCUAAUCAUUUAUACACGACUGCAGGGUAUGAUUAGAAUCAGGCCUGUUUGGGCAGCACGAGGGAGACCUACAUGAUAUUAGGCAGGUGGUUUUAAUGUCAUUUAUACACGACUGCAGGGUAUGAUUACCCUACAUUCAUGUAUACAUUACUGCCAGUUUGUGUAUUUCUGAGUGUGUCUGGCAUUGUCUACCUGUGGAUGUACAUGAAAGUGUGUGUCUGACCGAGAGUAUCCUUGUGUGUGAAUGUAUGUCUUUAUGUGUCUGGGACCGUAUGUGUGUGGGGUAGCUGCUUGCGAUGUGUGGUGUUUAUGGGGGCUGCCUGUGACCUUUGUGCAUGUGUGUAUGACGAAUGUCUUCAGUUUGUGACUGUGACAAGGUGAGUAAAGGGGUAACUGUGGCAGGUUGAGUGUGACAGGGUGAAAGGGAUAAAUGAGACAGGUUUGGGGGGGGGAGUGUGACAGAAUCAGGCCAGUUUGGGCAGCACGAGGGAGACCUACAUGAUAUUAGGCAGGUGGUUUUAAUGUUCUGGCUGAUUAGUGUAUGUGUGUUUGAGCAAGGUAUGUAUAGUGGCAUGAUGCAGAUAUACAUAAAGGAUUAAGGCUUGUGGCUGCCUCUAGUCUGAAAGAAAAAUAAAACAAACACACAUUACUGGUCAGUUAAAGUAUAACUAAAGCCAAGGUGAAAACAGAAGCUGCCAUCGUGACAGGUGCAGGAGUGCUCAGAUUGAUCCAUGCUAAUCUAUUAUGGAGACGAAAUAGGCUGGUAACAGUAUUUUUAAUUUCAUUUUAUUUUUUGCUAAUCAUUAUUUAUAUAAAAGCUGUAUUAUGUUUUAUAUUUGUAUGUAGCACACAAAAGUUUACGUCCUUACAGAUAUGAAUGGUUUGAGAGUAACACCUGUUGUGUUGAUUAUAAAACCAAACAUCUUUUCCAAGGUUACUGCCUGUUUGUGUUGUAAGGUGAGAAGGACAUUCUUAAAAAAUGUGCAUUGAUUGUGAGGCAUACAUUGUAAUCUACUUAGUGGCUAGAUUCAUUCAUUGUUAGACCUUGUAGUCUAUUACCUGGCAGAUCAAAACCUGCUAGUCUAGUACCUGGCAGACUAUAACCUGCUAGUCUAGUACCUGGCAGACCAAAAUCUGCUAGUCUAGUACCUGGCAGACUAAAACCUGGUAGUCUAGUACCUGGCAGACUAAAACCUGAUAGUCUAGUACCUGGCAGACUAUAACCUGGUAGUCUAGUACCUGGCAGACCAAAAUCUGCUAGUCUAGUACCUGGCAGACUAAAACCUGAUAGUCUAGUACCUGGCAGACCAAAACCUGAUAGUCUAGUACCUGGCAGACUAUAACCUGCUAGUCUAGUACCUGGCAGACCAAAAUCUGCUAGUCUAGUACCUGGCAGACUAAAACCUGGUAGUCUAGUACCUGGCAGACUAAAACCUGAUAGUCUAGUACCUGGCAGACUAAAACCUGGUAGUCUAGUACCUGGCAGACUAUAACCUGCUAGUCUAGUACCUGGCAGACCAAAAUCUGCUAGUCUAGUACCUGGCAGACUAAAAUCUGCUAGUCUAGUACCUGGCAGACUAAAACCUGCUAGUCUAGUACCUGGCAGACUAUAACCUGCUAGUCUAGUACCUGGCAGACCAAAAUCUGCUAGUCUAGUACCUGGCAGACUAAAACCUGGUAGUCUAGUACCUGGCAGACUAAAACCUGAUAGUCUAGUACCUGGCAGACUAUAACCUGGUAGUCUAGUACCUGGCAGACCAAAAUCUGCUAGUCUAGUACCUGGCAGACUAAAACCUGAUAGUCUAGUACCUGGCAGACCAAAACCUGAUAGUCUAGUACCUGGCAGACUAUAACCUGCUAGUCUAGUACCUGGCAGACCAAAAUCUGCUAGUCUAGUACCUGGCAGACUAAAACCUGGUAGUCUAGUACCUGGCAGACUAAAACCUGGUAGUCUAGUACCUGGCAGACUAUAACCUGGUAGUCUAGUACCUGGCAGACUAAAACCUGGUAGUCUAGUACCUGGCAGACUAAAACCUGAUAGUCUAGUACCUGGCAAACUAAAACCUGAUAGUCUAGUACCUGGCAGACUAAAACCUGAUAGUCUAGUAGCUGGCAGACUAAAACCUGCUAGUCUAGUACCUGGCAAACUAAAACCUGAUAGUCUAGUACCUGGCAGACUAAAACCUGAUAGUCUAGUACCUGGCAAACUAAAACCUGAUAGUCUAGUACCUGGCAGACUAAAACCUGAUAGUCUAGUAGCUGGCAGACUAAAACCUGAUAGUCUAGUACCUGGCAAACUAAAACCUGCUAGUCUAGUACCUGGCAGACUAAAACCUGAUAGUCUAGUACCUGGCAGACUAUAACCUGCUAGUCUAGUACCUGGCAGACUAUAACCUGGUAGUCUAGUACCUGGCAGACUACAACCUGAUAGUCUAGAACCUGGCAGAAUAAAACCUGCUAGUCUAGUACCUGGCAGACUAUAACCUGCUAGUCUAGUACCUGGCAGACUAUAACCUGCUAGUCUAGUACCUGGCAGACUAUAACAUGCUAGUCUAGUACCUGGCAGACUAAAACCUGAUAGUCUAGUACCUGGCAGACUAUAACCUGCUAGUCUAGUACCUGGCAGACUAUAACCUGCUAGUCUAGUACCUGGCAGACUAAAACCUGAUAGUCUAGUACCUGGCAGACUAUAACCUGGUAGUCUAGUACCUGGCAGACUAUAACCUGGUAGUCUAGUACCUGGCAGACUAAAACCUGAUAGUCUAGUACCUGGCAGACUAAAACCUGAUAGUCUAGUACCUGGCAGACUAUAACCUGAUAGUCUAGUACCUGGCAGACUAUAACCUGGUAGUCUAGUACCUGGCAGACUAUAACCUGGUAGUCUAGUACCUGGCAGACUAAAACCUGCUAGUCUAGUACCUGGCAGACUAUAACCUGGUAGUCUAGUACCUGGCAGACUAAAACCUACUAGUCUAGUACCUGGCAGACUAAAACCUGAUAGUCUAGUACCUGGCAGACUAUAACCUGGUAGUCUAGUACCUGGCAGACUAAAACCUGAUAGUUUAUUACCUGGCAGACUAUAACCUGGUAGUCUAGUACCUGACAGACUAUAACCUGCUAGUCUAGUACCUGGCAGACUAAAACCUGAUAGUCUAGUACCUGGCAGACUAUAACCUGGUAGUCUAGUACCUGGCAGACUAAAACCUGAUAGUUUAUUACCUGGCAGACUAUAACCUGAUAGUCUAGUACCUGGCAGACUAUAAUCUGGUAGCGUAGUACCUGGUAGAUUUUCCCUUGGUUCACUCUAGAGCUGUGGUUCCCUAUUCAGUCCUCAAUGCACAGCAAAACCCAGGAUUCAGGCAUUUCCCAGUUCAGUUCCAAUCGAGAUACUGACUUAUCUGGACUGUUGGAGUGCCCUCUAAACUGCUCUGGAAACCAGCUGUUCUGAGAUGCUGGAAACACCAAGAAAGGCAGCACCAACUACAACAUGCUCGGCGUUUCUUAGAUCACUUAUUUUACCCAUUCUAAUGGUUGAUUAACACUGCAUGCUGUAUACGGUAUGGAUUGAGUGGCAGCCGUGGGGUUUCCCGUGGGAUUAUUUGCAUUUCAGAUACAGUGGCUGCCGAGUAUAUGCCAUGGCGACUAUGAGGAUGUGUAGCAAGGUGAACUUUUUUCGUUCUGGUUAAAGGGAUUCUAUAGUGUUAGGACUACAAACUGUAAAAAACCCUUUAGUCACUUACCUGAUUCCAGGGCCGAUGUCCCUUUGCGCUAGUUCGGCGUUUUAAGUCCUCGGUGAAUAUUGAAAAAAUAUCAUAGCUUACAGCAGAGUUCAUCUGGAUAAACUAAAGUUGAAUAAAAACAUUGAAUGGUACAGCAAAGGCACAUUCACUCAGUAAGUAUUUGAAAGUAAUGUGGAGACUGGUGUGAGACCUUUCUGAGGCCAGUAGGGGGCAGUGUAUAUUCAUAGAUAGAACUACCUUUCUCCCAUGAAAAGGCAAAUCCUCUUUCAAAAGCCAAAGUCGCCAGUGCCUUCACAUUGUGCAUUCCUUAGAGAUUCUGAGAGAUAUGAAUCCCCACUAGGCAGAGUAGGCAACUGCAGAGGUGUUUGUCAUUUGCUAGUAAUUUAACCUCUGGAUACCACAACCUCUGGUUCUUGUCUGCAAAUAAUGGGAGAUGAAGACUGAGCAUCUGAUACAUUUUGAUACUUUAUUUCUACAUAAUCUUGCAACCUAGGACAUGGGGACAUGGGACAUUGGUAAAAUAAACACGUGGCACAUGGGGGCGAGCCUGGAGAGAUUACUUCUACCUCUCUGGUUUCCGAUGAGGUGCCACAACGAAUGACACAUGUAAGUCUUUUAAACUAGUUAUCCCCCCCUUUUUCUUUCCAGCUGCAUUUAUUUUUAUUUUUAAGAAAUAAAGGAAUGCUAUUUUUAUUUGUACUUACUAUUUUCUUUGAGUGAAGUACAGCAUCCUAAUUUCUAAAUACUACCGCUCCACCAAGAUCAUUGGGGUUUUGAAAAAAUCAAUUUGUUGCUUUCAUGACUGCUGACCCACAAAUUAUUUUAAAUCGUAACAAUUCCUAAAUGUUAAUAACCAACCCCGUCUAAAAUUUCCUCUGAAAUGUACCCCUGUUCUAAAUAAUCCGGGCCCUUCAUAAUGAGACUGACAACCUUUCAUGUUGGAUCGAGCAUAGUCCACAGCUUUAUUUUACAGCACAACUUGCCAGCAACUGUCCAAAAUAACAAACUGUGAGCUGCAGGCAGACAGAGACACAUUUACGUUAACAAGAGUCCAAAGCUAUCCACAUUGUGCCUUCAGCUUGCAUGCAGACCACAGCCCCCAAACCGAGCUUAGGUAAUUUACGUCUUAGUUGCUGAGCUGUUAGGGACCACCGACGCCAUGACAACACAUAGGAAAGAAGGACAAAAACAACAAAGAUAACAAACAACACAAUACAAACAAACACAUAACCACUACUACCUACAACAACAUCUCCUAAAAUGUAAUUGUAAAGAGGCUACAGAUCCUACUGUUUCUGUGCCUGGACCACCUUACCCCACCUUGCGAUAUCCUGCUAGAGUGCCAGGGGUAGCCAACCAUUGGCACCCCAGAUGUUGUGGACUACAUCUCCCACAAUGCACUUACAACCAUAAUGCUGGCAAAGCAUCAUGGAAGAUGUAAUCCAAAACAUCUGGAGUGUCAAAGGUUGCCUAUCUCUGUGUACAAUAAGCCACAAAGCCAGUGGUUGAUGAGAAAAAGAAGAGGCUCUGGGGACUGAGCUAGGCCUAAGCUGCGCAUGUCUGUAACUGUUCUCAGAGCUGCCAUCAUUAGAAACAUAGAAUGUGACGGCAGAUAAGAACCAUUCGGCCCAUCUAGUCUGCCAUCAUUAAUGUUUGGGACCCUGGGGCUCCCACCCAAGUCUGCCAACCUCUUUGUAUUAACAUUCCACUGGCAGCGGCUUGCAGGAUCAGAGGGAGACUUUGUCUCCCCGAGCAGUCAAAGCCCCCAGGACUGCCUUGCACCAUAAUAACCGUGAUGGUGGCGGUAUUGGCUGUGCUCCCAAAGUUGAAUGUAGUUGUAUCCCAAAUGCAGGUAAAGAGGGAUUUACAUAAGUGUUCCUCUUCUGUCAUUUGUACCAUUGGAAGGUAUGUCAAAAAUUCACAGAAAUUAGGAUUCAAAGUGAAUUUAAGGUUAGAGUAGCUCUACUGAAAGUAUAGCUGACAGAGGUGACAUUUUGCCCUUAAAUUUUAAAUUCACUUUUAAUUCUCACUUUAGAAAAUAACACUGAUAGAGUAAAACCCAUCGGAUGGCAUGUCACCUGAAUCCCAGAACAUCUCUGUGUCCAGAAACAUUGCGUGAGCGCUACUGAAUACAUUUAAUAUGUCACGAGAGAUUAAUCUUAGAAGAAAAUAGCUUUCUACCUUGUGCCAAGCACCACAAUUCUAUGUCUGUUUACACGUUUGUGAAAGAUCAUCAUUACUCACUUGACAUUUACUUAUGUAAACGAAAUAAGAGAUACCUAAAAUUAAAGAAGAAUGUUUAAUCAGGCCGGGCUACGAGCAUUGUCUAAUAAAGUCAUAUUUUGCAGUUGUCCGUGACUCAUCUUUAAUUAAUACACUUGGAAUGAUAAGGAACAGGCUACAUUCAUUGUAACAGACACCUUAAUUAAAAAAUGAUUGUAUAGUGUCAGACAUCAAAGAAUCCCAUUUAUUAAAUUUCACACAUAGUUGGGGGAAUAUUAUUGAACUAAACAUGAAUACAAAAUGAUUUGCGCAGCCUAAAUUCUAUUUCUAGGAUUGCACAGACAGUUUGAUAGUGAAACCUGUUAGCACAGACGGUGAGGUUUGUAAAAUGCACUUUUAUCGAGUAGUAAGUAGCUUUAUAUGUUAAAAAUAUUCCUUCCUGCUAUCAUAGUGUUUGGUCAAUGUUACUCUGUGCACUAUGACUUGCCCUGUUAGAGCUGCAAUAAGGACUGAACAUUAUAUGGGGUCUAAACGUAUGCCACAAAUUGUUCUGUAUCACAGCUUAGUGGUGCGUGUCCCAGUUCAGCUCAGGUAAGUUAAUUUUGAAUUCUUUCUAUAGAUUGUUUUAUAGGCAUGUGCAUGGGGAAAAUAUUCGGCUUGGUUCUGCAUUCCGAAAUUCGGGACUUCGUCAAUUCAGGACUUCGGCAAUUUGGCACUUCGACACUUCGGCAACUUCGGCACUUCAGAUCUUAGACACUUCAGGACUUCGGCAAUUUGGCACUUCGGAACUUUUGCACUUCGGCAACUUCGGAACUUUCGGCAUUUCAGAAUUUUCUUGCAGCCGCUUGGUAGAUAACUAUCUAAUUCCCACGGUAUUAGGGAGUUAUCUACCAAAAGGCUGAAAGACCUAAAUUGGUCUUUCAGCCAAAUUUACUAAUACUAAGUAAAAAUUACUUAGUAUUAGUAAAUUUUGCCCCUACUCGCUAUAAAAAAAAAGGGUCCCGCCUCCCUGAGCAGCGGGUGGGGGCCCUAAAGUAAAAAAAGCGGGGAGGACCUAUUGUCCUCCCCACCGGCCCCAAACCCUGAGCGGCGGGUGGGGGCCCUAAAUAAAAAUGGGGGGGACACCUAAUGUCCACCCCCCUGGGCCCCACCCCUGAGCGGUGGGUGGGGGCCAUUAACAAGAAUAAGGGGGGGACCUAAUGUCCUCCCCCAUGGCCCCCACCCUUGAGCAGCAGGUGGGGGCCCUAAAUACAAAUUGGGGGGGGACCUAUUGUUCUUUGGAAUUUUCCCCCCCUUAUUCUAGUUUAGGGCCCCCACCCACCACUCAGGGGUGGGGGCCAGGGGGGAGGACAUUAGGUCCCCCCCUUAUUCUUGUUUAGGGCCCCCACCCACAAGGGGGCCCUAAACAAGAAUAAGGGGGGGGACCUAAUGUCCUCCUCCCUGGCCCCCAUCAAUGAGCGGUGGGUGGGGGCCCUAAACUAGAAUAAGGGGGGGUGACCUAAUGUCCUCCCCCCUGGCCCCAACCCCUGAGUGGCGGGUGGGGGCCCUAAAUACAAAUUUAACUCCCCUCCCCCCAGAUGACUAGGGGUCCCCAAACCCCUAGUCACCCCCUCCCCCAAAAAAUAAACUCCUACCUACCCCCCUCACCCUAAAAAUAAUGAGGGGGGACCUUUAACUAAAUACCUGUAAAAAUAAAAAAUAAACUUACCAUUCAAUGUUUUCUUUCUUCUAAAAUCUUUCCAAAUAAAAAUCCAUAAUAGCCGACGCAAUUAAAAAAAAUAAUCCAUCUUCACCUAUGGAGGGCUCCACGCAGACUGAGCUCAGCAGGGCGGGGGAAGGCUUAUAAAGCCUUGCCCCGUCCUGCAAUUAGGCUCAGAGCACUCUGAUUGGUGGGUUUAAGCCAUCCAAUCAGAGUACUCUGACAGGUAAAUGAAGGGACUGACAGGUAAGUCUCUACAUUUACCUGUCACAGCACUCUGAUUGGUUGGUUUGAAGUUUUCCCAUGCUGUGUAAUUUGACUCAUAACACUCUGAUUGGUUACUUAAUCCACCAAUCAGAGUGUUAUGAAUCAAAUUAUACAGCAUGGGAAAAUUCCAAAGAACUUUCCCACGCUGUGUAAAAUGACACAGAGCACUCUGAUUGGUGGAUUUCAAACCAACCAAUCAGAGUGCUGUGACAGGUAAAUGUAGAGACUUACCUGUCAGUCUCUUCAUUUACCUGUCAGAGCACUCUGAUUGGAUGGCUUAAACCCACUAAUCAGAGUGCUCUGAGCCUAAUUGCAGGGCGGGGCAAGGCAUUAUAAGCCUUCCCCCGCCCUGAAGAGCUCAGUCUGCGCUCGUUUUUUUUUUUUUAUUAUGGAUUUUUAUUUGGCCUUUUUUGGGGCUGAAAAAAUAAGAUUUUAGAGGAAAGAAAACAUUGAAUGGUACGUUUAUUUUUACAGGUAUUUAGUUAAAGGUCCCCCCUCAUUAUUUUUAGGGUGAUGGGGGUAGGUAGGACUUUAUUUUGGGGUGGGGGCCGGUGGGUAGGACAAUAAGUCCUCCCCCCUUUUUUUACUUUAGGGCCCCCACCCGCCUCUCAGGGGUGGGGGCCGGGGGGGGCAAUAGGUUUAAAAGCUCCCACUCGAACUUGUUUAAAAGCCCCCACUCGAACGUCGCGGGUGGGGGCUCAGGAGGGGAGACCUUUUUUUUUUUUACAGUGAGCAGCCACAGGCUGCUCACUGUUUAAUAGAGAUACCCCUACUCGCGGUAUAGCGAGUAGGGGCAUAAUUUACUAAUACUAAAUAAUCUUUACUUAGUAUUAGUAAAUUUGGCUGAAAGACCAAUUUAGGUCUUUCAGCCUUUUAGUAGAUAACGCCCUAAUACCGUGGGAAUUAGGGAGUUAUCUACUUAUUCAAUCCUGUCAUUACAUGACUGGCCAAGUAACUUACAUUUUAUAUGAAUGUAUGUUACUUGAUUGUUGUAAGUGUUACAGCUGAAUCCUGGCUAUGUUUGUAUACUUUUUAUUUGAAAUUGUAUACAGUGUAACAUUCUUAUUCUUUCACUGGGUAAGUAUAUUAGUACUUAGGCAAUACUGUGCUUCGGAACUUCGUCACUUUGACACCUCAGAACUUCGGCAACUUCGGCACUUCUGCAAUUUGGCACUUCGGCACUACUACACUUCGGAAAUUCGGUAAUUUCGGCACUUCGGCAAUCCGGCACUUUGGUAAUUCAGCUAUUCGGACAUUCGGAAGCACCCGAAUGUCCGAAUUACCCGAAAUUUGGCCGAAUUUUAAUUCGGACCGAAACGAAUUGCACAUGUCUAUUGUUUUAUGCAGUUGGAGAAUUCCCUCGUAGCAUGGCAAUAUUGAUUAUUAAGUUCUCACGAUGAAGGAGUUAUAGAUCUACCCAGGAAUGAGAAUAAAAAAUGGCCUGUUGUCUGUACUCAGGUGUUAUUGUCAUGAUAAUGUGUGGAGCAUUUAAAGCUGCAAAGGGUACAGCAGUGCCACCACGCUGUUAUAACUUAUCACAGAAAGAGACUGCACGUGCUUAAAGAACGAUGGAUUCAGGUGCUCAGUGAUCUUGGGCGGCCAAACCCCAAAUAGUAUAUAAAAAAAAAACAGAAAAGCAGGAACUCCCAUUUUCAUCCUGUAGCAUUUAACUUGUGCCGCUACUACACGAAACAGGAUGAAUAUUGCAGUGCCGGGUACUCAUUAUUAUUUGAAGUGCUCUGUUAUAGAGCAUCAGUCCCGUAUUAUUUACUAAAUGCAAGUACAAUGUGUCUGUAUGGAUCCUUGUAGAAUGUAUAUUGACAGUAAGGUAGCUAUUGGGAACAUUGAACUGGUAAGGAUUCUGGAUUAUAUUAGAAAUAUAAGGUGAACACAAUAUGUUCAAUCAUUUGAAAAGUGCCUUAAAACCCAUCUCUUUAGGAAGGUUUAUGGCCUCCCAGAGCUACCUGUACCUCACAUACCUGUCGCUUGCUCUCUCCUAAAAGGCAGCACUCUACUCUCUCUUCCAGCUCUGCUUCACUCCCACCUAAUUUAAUUGCAAUUUCCUGCCCUAUUGUGUUUUAUAUCCCACCUCCUAUAGCCUGUAAGCUCGUUUGAGCAGGGCCCUAUUCAACCUAUCGUUCCUGUAAGUUUUCUUGUAAUUGUCCUAUUUAUAGUUAAAUCCUCCCUCUCAUAAUAUUGUAAAGCGCUUCGGAAUCUGUUGACGCUAUAUAAAUACCAGUAAUAAUAAUAAUAUUAUAGAAAUGAAAGCCUGUAACUGAAUAUUGCCACUUUGUUCAAGCACUUAAGGUGGUCCCCCUGCAGAAAUCAUUGUAUUGACCUUGACUAUAUUGAAUAAAGUACCAGUUCUUCACGGCUUACCUUAAUUUCUAAUGUAAAUAUAUCUUUUCAUCUCAUGAGAAAAACACACCACACAAGGAAGUCUUUAAAAUGAUGUUUCAGCUACAAGGGGAAACAAUAAACAGGAAACUAUAGUCAAGAAAGGGACGUUCACACUUAGGAGCCAGAGCUGUCAGUCAAAGAGAGAUUGUUAUAAUAACACAGCUCAUAUUUAUUAUACAGCUAAAUGCAUCAUCGGCUUAAUAUGUUUAUUUUCAAGGGACACCAUAGGCACCAGUGAUCACUUCAUUAUAUUGAAGUGGUUAUGGUGACCGAAGUCCCCAGAUGCCAACUCAUGGUUCAGUGUAAACUGUGUUUUAAUUGUUUAUCAUAGAAUGAGGAACAUUGACCACCUGCAACAUGGCCCCCACUGGAGGAAAUGUAACUGUUGCCCUAUUUUUGUUACCCAUCCCAGCUUGGACUAAUGAGGAGACGGUCCGGGCCGCAUACAGUUGGGAUACAGUCCGCAUUCAAUCUUAAACUAUCUGAAAAUGGUUUAACACCGAACAGAGCCAGGGGACUACAGCGCCAGGGGACUACAAGCACCAUAGACACUUAAAUGAGUCAAAGUGGUUAUAGUGCCUAGAGUGUCCCUUUAAUAGGAGAUCAGUUGUCUUCCAACCCUCCUACAUCAUAUUCACAUUCUUUUCUGCCACUUUACCACGCCAACAUAAAGCGGGGCACAAAGUGUUCAGAGCUGCCAGACCUGUCACCUUCCUCUCUGUGUCACCGUGACUUAAAUAUCUUUUCAUUUUAAUGUAUGAUUAUCAGUAGCUGGCAAGUCCUGCCAUAUACUUAACAGAUAAUCCUGUCUUUUAAUUUCUAUAUCAGCAUUUGCCUGUCACCUUCAAACCCCAUAUGGUGCCAAAGCCUUUAAUAAAUAUAAUGAACAGGGAUACAGAAUUACAGAUUGUAGACUUUUUUUUGUCCGCUAGUUACCCUGAACAAUGUACAGACAUCUUUUAGAAAUAAACAUAGUGUGUAACGCAUUAGGAUUCAAAAGUACACAUCUCCGUAAUCCUGGCAGUACCCAAUUAAGACACCAUUACGUGUUUUAAACACCCACACACCCGAUAAGCAACUGUAUUUUCUUGGCUUUACCAGCGCGCUAUUAAAUAAAUUAAAAAAUAAAUAACUUUAGUUGCAUUAACUGAUUCAAGCAAUCGAACGCCGGCGCAGACAUUUUCAUUUACCAUCAGCCACAGUUUCAUUAGAACACCAUUACAGUAAAUCACAUCUAAAUGUACCUUGCUCUGUAUGUUUCAAGGUCGUUAAAGGUCAUCUCCGAAUGAAUAUAUUGUUACUCUGUAUCAUCCAUUCUUAGUGAUGGGAAGAAAAGAUUUAUUUGCAGAUGUGCCACCCUUAAAUAUGUACGGUCUAUGAAAUAAAUCUGGACAGAAAGACAUGAAUAAUUCAUAAACACGUUAGUGGGGUGUUUGCAUGGUUUCAAGGACUCUCAGCAUGGAUGACGUGGAAAGCGUUUUUGAUGUUGGUGUUGUUAUUGUAGAUAAUAGCUAUUCUCUCGGUGCUUGAUUAAAUAAUUAUACUGUGCAAUAUUCCAUAAAACAUUUGGCCCCUUCCCCUUUACAGAAAUCUUUAAAGGAAAAAAGCAAUAAAUGGGCUGUAUAAUUAAAUACAAAAUAUAAAAAAAUGUAUAUAAUACCAAAUUAUGUUUCGUCAAUCUGUUGGUAUAUGUCUAAUUUUAUAUAGACGUUGUUAAGCAUGCAAUCAACACACACAGGGUUUAUUUAUUACUUAUUUGUUACCGGCAUUUAUAAAGCCCCAACAAAUUCCGCAGCGCUGUACAAUUGGGUUAUUCUCUAAACUGAGAAUUCAAAGUGAAUUUCAAAUUCAAGAUCAAAAUAGUCGAACGGGAAACAUCCCCAGCAAUGGUUUUGUUUGUUUUCUCUGACCAUAAAUUUGUAGAUAAUUUUGAAUUCUCCUUUUAGUAAAAACCCCUAAGAAAGUUACCCACCUAUCCUUCUCUUUAGGUUAUGUGAUCUAGCAGAGAAGCAUUUCAUUUUGACUUACUCUCUGGUAAUGUUUUCCAACCCAGCUCUCAGGGCACAACAGCGACAGCUUGGGAUUUCGGAAUUUUCCAUUUAUGUUCCAAUGGGAAUCAUGACAAGACCUGGACUAUUGCUGUAUCUCUAGAGGACUGAGUUGGGAAUCAUUGCUCUUUGACAUGUCGUGACAUGAUCUCCAAGUCCCUGUCACGAUGUGGCCUGCCCCUAGAACUCUCUUAGUCUUCUCAUUGUUUUAGCGAUUUAAGGUUAUAUCUGUAUCGCUGGCUGUGUAUGGCCAUAAAUGCCAAGCUAGAACAAAUAAACGUCCAAAACAGAAGGAAUUCCACAUCAUUAUGGGAAAAGCUAAACAGAGGAGUGAAACAAAAAUUGUGAAAUAUGCAACAUUUUAAAGGGACAAAUUACGUUACCAGGUUCUCCAUUCAUUGGGAUUGAAUGGAUGAAAUACAGGCAUCUUAUUGUUACUUUCCACUAGACUCCAGUCCUAUAACCAACUCAUAUCAACUAUGUAAUUAAUAUUCCUUCCUACUGAAGUCACCGCUGUACCACAUCACACGGUUUGUGCAAGCUAAUGUGGCCGAUACAAAGGUGGUCGACACAUGAGCCAAGGUCAGGAUUGUCGAGAACAGCUUAAACCUAGAACUCGCCAGAGUUAGCGCUACAGACAACAACAGUAACGUUAUGUAGCUAAUGGUCAAAGGAAAAUAUUCAGGAGUGAGCUGUUGAGCUAAUAGGAACGUCAGUCGUGAUGCUAGCAGAAUCUCCUCGGGUAACUGGGAUGUAUGGACAGAGGCAGCUCCAAAUAUUCUCGAUCGUGGCUGUUAUAAAACAUUGCAUGUUGCAAGAAAGCAUUGGGACAUUAGAACAUUUACACUUCAUUCGCUUUAGACUGCAAGCUCUGUUGAGCUCUUGUUUGUGUGUGCCUGAAAGUUAGGAUGGCCACACACGCUCCAUUAGUCAAGGAGACUUAGGGCUGGGUUCUAUUAAAAGAGAUAAACUUACCUCUAGUUAUUUAAUAGCAGUCGUCCCAUUGACCUAUAUGGGUAAAAUGCAAUUAGGUGACACAGACGAGCUCAUCGAAUAGAAUUUAGCCCUGAAUUACUGUAUAAAUGUUCACCUCCAUCUGGAUUCUGGACAGGAACUAGGUCUGCAUACUGUAUAUUGUUCUACCCAUGUGCCACAUUAUCCCACCAACAGUUUAUGUGAUGCUCUCCACCUGAUUUGUGCCCCUCCAGCUGCUUCGUGCUCUGGAUGCCCAUGUUUCACCCAGGGGGCAUCCUCCAUGAAUUGUUAAUGGCGGUCAUGCACAUAGUUGGAACUGAUUAAACACAGUUACGGAAACAUGCUCCUGAUUGCCAGUUUGUUCGGCUUUGUUGUGCUUUCAAUGAUGGCACAUUGUGGGCAAGCAUCCAGCGGAUGAUUUAUAGUAUUGAGGGCGUAUCUCUGGCCUCCAUCCAAUGGCUGGUUUACUGACAUGACAUUACCAUCUGCAGGAUUUAUGGGAACUUUUAUUACUGAAGGGCAAACAUAGAUGUGUCUGUUUCUUUAAACUACAGAGGAACGACGUGUUGGUUGUUUUCCUGUACUGCAUUUUUUGGAAUCUAAAACAAUGCUUUAAGGCUUUUCCUGCCUCUGUAAACUCCUUAUGUGCUGGAUAUAAAAUCUCCCUACUCACCGCCCCUCUUAGAACGCCACUUAAUAUUCGUGGAUAAGCUUUUCAUAUGAUUUAAUAUUUUGAUAACUUUUGAUUUAUUGAUAUAUUAACAUAUAUUAAAUUAAGGCCUUAGACAAGGUGGAUUAAGAGCUCAUUGGGCCUGGUGCUGACAGCUAUGAUGGGCCUAAUUACAGAAUCUUAUUGAUAGAAAACACUAUAACAGUCCUACCUCCCAAGCGUCAUGUAUCUGGUGGAAGUGGUGCUGACAGGAAACUCACAUUUAUAAGAAUACACAUUCCCUUUAUUAAUCUCUCGCUUUCAUCUCUCAACCAAAUUCAUUCCCCAACAUCGACAUCCAGUGGAAAUUCACCUGACAGGGUAAAAGGAGGUCUGCCAGUGAUGUAAAUCACUUCUUUGGCACCUCUUAAAGGUCAGCCUGCCCACCAAUCACACAUGCCAUCCAAGUAAGGGGGUGCCUGUGCAGUCAGCGCUGUUUCAGCACCCUGAGUUUGCCGCUAGCACCCCAUGGAGGAAGAUUCUCUGGUGUUUCCCCAGUACCCUACUGUCCACUCCUCUCCUUCCAUUCAUAUUAACAGGCAGAAGAUAUGCAGCGUGAGACAGAGAAAAAGGUGGAUGUAGUGAGUGAAGAGGAAAGGGGAUAUGCCACAGUGUAGAGAGACCAAAGCAGCAUAAUAAUCUGCAUAGUGUUUAUCUUAACUAUUUUAUAGUCACCAAUCCUCAAAAUUCCUGUACACCUACAUCCUUUCUAAGUUCACAUAAUUAAUUCCCUCUGUACAAAGCAAGAGCAUGUGAAGAGUAUUAACAAACAUAUAUAUAUUACUUUUUUUUUAUUUUUUAUUCAAUGCAUCUAUUCCAUAGGCAUGGGUCCAGAGCUUCAGCUCUAUCAGCUCCUUUGUUAAGCCAUCCCUGGCCUUAGGUUUACAUGUGUCUGUUGUAUAUUUCUCCAAAGGACAGGCUGUAUCAGUGGUGUAUCCUGGUUUUGUGCUGCCCUAGGCAGGACAAAACUCAGGCACCCCCCUGCGCCACCCCCACCCAAUCCUUCCCCCCCCGCCCCACCUUCUAAAUACACACACCACAGUCAGACACAAACACACACACAGUCAGACACACACACACACACAGUCAGGCACACACACAGUCAGACACACACACACAGUCAGACACAAACACACACAGUCAGACACAAACACACACACAGACACAAACACAGACACACACACACAGUCAGACACAAACACACACACACACAGACACAAACACACACAGUCAGACAUAAACACAAACACACACACACAGUCAGACAUAAACACACACAGUCAGACACAAACACACAGUCAGACACAAACACACACACACAAACACACACACACAGUCAGACAUAAACACAGACACAAACACACACACACACAGUCAGACACACACUCACAUCAAAAAAAUGUUUUCUUUUUAUUUACCCCCCCCCCAGCCUCCUUACCUUUGGGAGUGCUGGGGGGGGGGUCUCUCUCUCCCUGGUGGACCAGUGGCUGCCGGUCGGGCAGGCGGCGCUGGCUGCUGGGUGGGCGGCUGGCGAGGGAGCACUUCCUCUGAGCGGUCUGCUCAGCUCCCUCGCCAGCCACCCGCCCAGCACCGCCCGCCCGCUCGGGUAUGUCUGUUAGCCGCAAGGCAAACUAGGCAUUUGCCCUGGGCAUUUGGGGGCGGCGUUUUUUGCCGCCCCCUGAAAAAUGCCGCCCAAGGCAAAUGCCUUGUUUGCCUCGCGGCUAAUAUGCCCCUGGGCUGUAUAUACAGGGCUGUUCUGUUCAGAGCACAUUAUUUAUACUGUAUACAGUUAUAAUUCAUUAUUAUAGAAUGUGACGGCAGAUAAGAACCAUUCGGCCCAUCUAGUCUGCCCAAUUUUCUAAAUACUUUCAUUAGUCCCUGGCCUUAUCUUAUAGUUAGGAUAGCCUUAUGCCUAUCCCACGCAUGCUUAAACUCCCUCACUGUGUUAACCUCUACCACUUCAUUUGGAAGGCUAUUCUAUGCAUCCACUACCCUCUCAGCUCUUCAGCGUGUGCUCUCAGAGCUGGCCAGAUCGGCAGCUGAAUAGUAGUGUAUAUUAUUGUUGCUAGGUUGACCCUGCCAGGAUUUGAACAUGUGGCCUUGUAUUUUUGAGCAGGAUUUGUGGUCAAGUAUUUUGGCAGCUGAGCUACCUCGCCAGGCUAUUAUGUUUUUAAAGAACAGUCUGUACAGUACAGUAAGCAGAAAGAGGCAUUUUCACAUGAUAUUAGUGAUUAGUGUAUAUAUCAGCCCAUCAGUAACUGAUUUCUGUAACAUUGUAACAUUGUAACACUACAUACAGAUACACACACUACACAGAUACACACACUACACAUGUAUACACUACACACACUACACAUACACAGAUACACACACUACAUACAAACACAUACACACAUUACACACAUGCAAACAGAUACAUACACUACACAUACACAGAUACACACAUACAAACACACAGAUACACACACUACACACAUACAAACACACAGAUACCCACACUACAAACAGAUACCCAAACUACAAAUACACACAUACAAACACACACUGAACACACAAAUACACACACAUUACACACAUACAAACAGAUACAGACACAAACACACACACACAUCCACUGACACUCACUCACACACUCAAUGACAGACAUUCACUUAUGACAGACAUUCACUUAUGCCUGCCUCACUGCAACCGCACUGGACCCCAGGGACGGAGAGAGCACCGGCUGCAUAUAUAGAUAUGCUCUUAUUGCGCUAUAUAUGCAGAUAGCCGGCCUGGGCCCCUAACGGCAGACACAGGGGUGGCAAAACACCGCACCUGUGAAAGUGUCGCCUGGAGCCAUGGCUUCACCGGGGCCUAUGGAUGGGCCGGCCCUGGAUCCAGUGAUUUAUUCUGCAUAGACUUUUACAAUGAUUAGUCUCCUGAUAGUGUUGAGGUCCUCAUAACGAGGUAUACGGUAUAGUUCCUGAACUUGCGAUGGAGUGAUAUUUUAGGAUUACGUUUUCACCAAGGACAGGCAUCACAUGAAAUUUAGCAUUUAACAAUAUUGAGCUGCCAUCCAGGAAAAGGUGUCAGAUACAGAAAAAAAUAAUUAUUUUUUUACAAAUCUGUAAACUGGUGGUAAUUCGAAAAUAAAUGUAACAUUCUUGGCCAAAAAAGCUGAAAUGGAAAAUCUCUCCUAGUAAGCUGGGAUUUCAAUUUGGAAAUAUAACUCAAUUUGAAUUCCCAACACUUCCCACCGCUUGCAAGAUCAUUAUACGUAUAACUUUUAUAUGUGAUAACAACAGUAAUUAUUAUUUAUAUAUCACCGACAUAUUCCGCUGCACUGUACAAUAGGAAAUAAAGUGGCAUUGGGCGCCAUUUUACAUUACAUCGCUUUCGCUAAAUUGAAAUCUAAGUUGAAAAAUGGAGCCUAAAGUAGCUGAUUUUCAAUAUAUCUCUAUAUCGGUUAUAGUCACAGGAUAUUUUCUCUAUUUUGCUAUUCAGAUUUUAAUUCGCUAUCAUUUACAUUUUAUUUAUAAGCCCUUCGGCUUCCCCCUUUCUGCUACCUGGCCCACACUCAGUUAAAGGACAAAGACACAAGAUCCUAUCCAUUGCUUAGAGCUGGCUGCUAGGUCCAUAGCUAUGUGUCUAAUGCUGCCCGGCCUCUCUCUUCCUUUCGAGUUCCCAAUCACUCUAUAUGCUGCUAGUUUGUAAUUCCAUCCUGAGCAGGAAGUUUGCCGCCAGCUGUUUACAUUCUCAUUCAAGCAGCCUCCUCCUCCGAUCCAGCCCAGACCUGUCUGACCGAAUUUGAAAGCUUCAUCUCCUGUAGCAUCUUGUGUCGGCUCCGUGGUGAGUAUACUCCCCUCUUACAGAAUAAGUGAGUAUCCAGCCUCAUACAAACUCCCUACUCUGUGUACCACAGUGUUUGUACCCCUUUAAACUCUGCUACACAAAGUAUGACGGUUUGCAAGCCAAACAUCAGAGUGCAAUGUACUAAAGUUUUCGCAUUUCUGAGCGUGAGUCUUUUUAAGAUAAAUAAGUCUGGAAUUAAGAAAUGAAAAGUAUACGUAGAAUUGCGACAUGUCAUUAUAUAACAUAUUAACCGUUUAAGGUCCUGAGAUAGGAAAUACCUUGCUACUGUAACAAUCCUGACAUGUCAUCGGUCCUGAAGGAGUUAAGUACGUAGCAUUAUUUUUAAGGUUAGCGAUGAUGUAUACACUCCAGUAAUGUUACCGUGUUUACAGAGUAAUAAAGUACACAGCAGACAAUGAAAUAUGACAUGUCAGCGCAUUCAGUAGCAAUUUUUUUUUCCGACUUGCCACAAGUAUUGCAACAACAGUGUCACACGUAAAAAAAAUAAUAAUUUUUUUUUAAAAAGUGCAGUCUUGAGAAAUAGUUAUUUAUUUUUAUACAGAAUUACUAUGGCAGGUUUGAAAAAGCCUUAUGUAAAAGUUAACAGCACACAGAGAAUAAACACCCAAAGCAAGCCUUACUGAAACCGAGGAAAGACGUGGAUACGCAGAUCCUUUCAGGGCUCUGGAAGACAUAAAAGGGCUUAUUCAUUAAAUGCAGAACUCUAGUCAGUCUAAUAUUGAAUUGCGCAAUAUAGACUAAAAACAAACCAAGCCGAGUCAAAGCAUUUUCUAAAUCACCACUUUUUGCCUGAAUUAUACAAUCUGUUUUGCAAUUCACUAAAAUUCAUUGCUUGGUCAGCGAUUGUCUGCCUAUCUAAAAAUAAGAAAAAAUCACAGAGAUCUACAGUUCCCAAAAUGUACUGGAAUAUUGUAAAUCUCUAUAAAAUAAUCUAACUAAUAUAUAUACCACGACAAAUAGCAGGUAUCAGCUCUAAUAUAGCAAGGGGCAAAUGGUUAGAUGGAGGGGUAAUGGGUGAAAAUGCAGAAAAUUACAGAGAAAGGUAGUAGGUACCUUGAAAAGCUCUCCAGUAGUGUUGGUAACUGCUAACUGCACUGGAAUGCAAAAAUGCUUGGCAUGUGCUUUAGGCUGUCCUGAAGAAUAAUAAGAACCAACUAGAUGGGUCAGUUCUAUGUGCCACCCCAACCUAUGUUAAUAAGAAGGUAGAGUGAGACCAGAAUGUGUCCCUCAUAUGUGGAUUAGUUGGAAGGCUAGCUGUGACUGGGUUAGUAUUGUGGGAGAGUCAGGCAGAAUGAGUGUAGCAUUGUAUCUGUUCUGAGUCCUUUCCUGGGGGGGUUAGAAGUCGCCCGGAUCAGACGGUGUACUGAUGUUAUUAUUGUGUGAAGAAGUGGCAGGAACAUUUCGUCAGCCCUUCCGUCCUGCACAAUGUGUUGGAACUUGUUGUUGUAGGACAAUUAAUGGGCUUUCAUGCAAUCUGACUGUGACACAACCUAUAAAAUGUUUCACUUCGUGAUUUAGAUUGUUAAUAAAUGCAUAGAUCAUAUGAUGGCAUGUCCUCAGUUAAUAUUUUAUUAUUAUUGGAAUUUUAUAGCGCCAAGGUAUUCCGCUGUGCUUUACUUUUCAGAAUUAAUGCUUCCGAUCGCUUUGUAAUUACCACCUCAUUACUUUAUUCACCGUUUUUGGUUUGAAAGGAAACACCACUGUCCAUUUUCAACUAUGUAUUUUAUCAUGACACCUUCAUGGAUUCACCUGUUUUGAGUUUUAAUAAAUUAAUUUCAUUAUUUUCUUUUAUUAGCCAAACACCAGUGUAUUAUCCUUGUAUUAAUAACGUCUGGACAUAUUUAUUCAUUUAGAAAUAUUACUGCAACACAGGACGUCUAGUUUGUGUGGCCCAUUAGAUAGGGCCCAAUGUACCCAUACCUUUGGGGGCUCCUCUCACCCCUGCUGAUGAACUAAGUUACAACAUCCCUUUGUUAUAUCAAUUUCUUGGUAAACUAGAGGUUGGGGGCACAGUCCCUGGUGCAUCAGUGGCACAUGACUCUAUUUGGUGAUCUGAUUUUGUAUUACAGUCAGUAAAGGUCGGGAUAUCACCUCACUUGGGGACUACUUGGACAGUGGGGCUCACAUCUAAUAGGAGACGAACUUCCUGUGCUGCCAAUGGUGCAUUGAGAAAGGGAAUACCCGAAACGUUUGUGAUAUUCUGUCCUUUAAAUAAAUACCAGUAGCACCUAGGUGUGCGCACAGCAACUUUUUGCGCAGCCUCUUGUUUGUUCCAUUUAUCCGACACAGAAAUGCAGAUGCCAUCCAAGCCCGCUAGACCACCAGUCACAGAGAGCAGUUCUAUGGCGGUCACGACUAGUGAUGUCCCGAACGGUUCGCCGAACGGUUCGCCGCGGACGGCGAACAUAUGACCCUGUACCUCACAGUCAGCAGACACAUUCCAGCCAAUCAGCAGCAGACCCUCCCACCUCCUGGACAGCUCACUAAGAAUGCAGCUUCAAAAUGGAUGCUGUCCAGGAGGACAUCACUAGUAUUGAGUCGUGACUAGUGAUGUCACCGUCUGCGGCGAACCGUUCGGGACAUCACUAGUCACGACUCAAUACAUCUUGUGCAAUAUCUAUUGUUAUGCCACUUGCAUUAGGAAAAUCCCUGCUUUAAUGCAGGUGAAUAUGUCAGCAAGGAUAAUGUUUGAAUAAUUGUAUACAUAUAGAGAUAUUUAGUUACUCUCCCAGCUUUGAAGGAUGUACCAAUUGGUUACAAUGAAUUUUGAGCCAUCCAGUUACUACAGCUGCUAAUAUUUCCAGUGUCCUCCUAGUUAGUGUGUUCUCAAUGCAUUCAGGUUUCAUCGUAAAAGGUACUUUAUAUCGAAGUUCUUGUAGAAUCCACACGUAUAGUUCUUGUAUGCUUGUCCAAUAAUGGCGGUUCUUGAACAUCUGCAUCAAAUUUACUUUAACGAAAAUAUUAAUGUAAAAUGUUAUUAUUCGCACAACAUUUGCCACUGACAUGAUCUUGCAUGUGUAAUAUUAACAAGUGAAGCUAUAAAACCCACAUGGAGCAGCAUCUAAUUAGACUCUAGAGACAGUGUUAUAAAUCUACUUUGUGCUCUGUCUUAUUGAGCCGUUUUAAUACAUUUCUUAACAAUGGCAAUUAUGUGACCAUUUUUUCCCUUUUCUGCAAAAAGCCACUAUGUUCAUGCAGGUACGUAUCUGUUGGGUUUUGAAGCAGUUAAUCUCAGCUAAAUGGUUUCUUAAGAUCUUAGGACCAUUUCAAACUGAAGUUUCUCCUACAAUGGCUGGCUAGACACAGCUCUUUCAUAUAGUUUCUUAGGAAACCAAUGAAAUACAGAUGAUAAGAUUAGCAAAAUCGUGUUAGAAAAGUUUGGAUCCCAACCUCCCAUUGUUUAGAUGAAGUUGAACAUAGAAAAAUCGAAAAUGGGCAAGAUGCUGAUAAAGUGAGGGCUUUGGUGUUAGAAUCCUAGCAUUCGGUCUUCUAGAUAUAGCUGAAUCUAGAAAGAUUAGAUGUAAUAAUCUUAUAAAUAGUGAUACAGCCAGAUGGAGAAUUCCUGCCGUCUGCCCUUUAGAUGAAGCUGACCUCGGUUGAAUAGAAGGUGAUGUGCUGAUGGAUACAGCAAGAUCCUCGAAGGAUAGUUACCAACUUGUGGUCCUCCAAAUAAAGCGAAUGCUCCUUAGUUUUCCAGAGUUUCAAAUAGCUUUUUAGCUUUUUUUGCCUUUGGAUGGCCAAUACUGUAGGUUAGAUAAGCUCCAGGAUCUGCAGCUUCUUUCUGCACGGUGGUAGGAAUAGGCUGUGAGAGGACUCCUGCUCAUCAGUUUGACCAGAUACUCUGAACUCACUCUAUAACUAACAAAGUACAGAUCCUUCCAGAGAGAAGCUGCCAUGGAGGCUGUGCUGGGCAGUGCCAACACAACAGUGUGGAGUCUGCAACUACUACUGGUAAAGGGGAGAACUUUGUAGAAGUGUUGGGGUGAAGGUGCGCCUGGCACUGAAAUCCAGCAUGUUUUCAGGAAAUGAGGACAUUUUCUGGGGGAUGUGUUGUUUUCAGCACCUCUUGUUGCUAUUAUUUCAAUGCAAACCAGGCUGUAGUUUUAAUAACAAGUUCUUUUCUGUACUCCUUCACAACUGAUAAUGUAUCAGGUCUGUCAUUAUAAGAAUCAUGUGACUGCAAAUGUAUCAAUCAGGAGCAAUCCAGUGGUUUCCAUGGUACUGCUUCACUUUUAGAACUUUGCUCCAAAAUGGCUAAAUUACCCCUGCAUGUUAUCUGAAAGUGAUAUGAGCAUCUUAUUUUGUGAGAAAAUUCUCAUUGUUUCUGUGUGUGACUGAUUAGAUUUGUUAUUUGGGCAGACUCUUAGUCGGUACCAGUUUUGGAGAAAUAGCCCUAAUUCACACAUUUUCCACGUUAGAAUGUAUGAUGGAUCAGUAAGCCAGUUAAAGGAGACACAAUCAGACCUAGCAUCCAGGGAGCCCAGCCUUGGGAAUAUUCUCAUGACUCACUUUUACUUUUUAACUUUAGAUGAUAUAAAUGCUACCAAAAUACAUUUUAUCAACUUAAAAAAAAGGUUGAUUUUCAUCUAAGAUAAGUGACACGAUCUAUUCAGUAAAGUAAAUGCUCUUCAGUAAAGUAAAUGUUCUAUUCUAAAUAGAAUAUCUUCUGUAAACCUUACUAAUUCAUUAUCUGAUCAUAAAAAUCCAUAUGUGACUCUAUUUUACACAUGUUUAUCAGUAUAAAGCACGAACAACUAUAGCUGUCCCUUAUAGACGUCUACUUUCAUUAUUCUUCACUGAUUUUGCCCAAUAGCUGUGUAGCUACAUCACUUAAAUUGGAUCCGAAAGAGUGCAGAUAAUCAUAUUUGCAGCCUUUUUAUUUAUGUGCUGUACCUUUAAAUGCAUGAAAAUGGUUUAUGACUAGCGUAGGUAAAUGUGACAUUUGUGCUUUUUAAAAUGGCACUGGCCUUCAAUCAGCACACGCCGGACUUCAGAGAGUGGUAGGAAAGUCAUUCCGUAGGAUAGAUGUGCUGUGAAAUCUAAUGUGACAACUUUACUGUUAUAUUAGACACAGGGUCAAAAUCCCAAAUUUCAAGUGAAAAUGGCCAAUCUGAACAAAAUCUCUAAAUCAGAAUGUUUCGAUGUUUUUAGUUCGAUUCCCCUGCCUUAAACUUGAAAUUCACACAGAUUCAUUUUGAAUUUUCACUACAGUACAUAAACCCUGAUAGUUUGACUCCACAUCAGAUUUUUACUUAGAUCAACAUACUAACUAUUUUAGCCCGAAAUAACCAGGAAAAUCCUAUUAAAUAUUUUUGUUGUACGAGACAACAGCUGAAUUUGAUAAAGUAAUCUAUCUGGGCAGAGAACUCCAUCUAUUUCUUUUUACUGCUAUGAACCCCUUAAUGUGUUGUGGGUGAGACUGGUAUUGAAGGUGUAUGCCCAAAUUUGAUUAAUAAAAGGCUUUAUAGAAUGGAUCUUCACUUUAUGAUUUCUUCUUUGGGGAAAUCCAGCAGAACCUUACAUUUACGUUUUUUGUUUUUUUUGUUACAUUCUAAAAAGUAAUUAUUUACGGAAUAUAGAAAAAUCAAUUACAGCAACAAACAUUGAACUAACAAAUUAAGGAUAGGACCUCCACCGAGGGCAUUUUCAGGGCGUAUUAAAAGGUCACUCUAAAUGCCCUAAUUGCAAAGUUGAUGGUACAGAGUGUACCCUGCACCCCUAGCUCUGAGUGUGGCUUAUAAUAACUACAGCAGUUUGUAAAAAUCACAAUCCCUUAUCUAGCCGCAAGCAGACUAACUACCAGUGCAUCUGUAGGAACAACAGUACAGGUAAUUUACUUGUUUUUAAUGUAACGGUUUACAUUGUUUUUGAUGCGUAAUCUUUAGAAUACAGUUUAUGUACCAUAUCCCUCCUAAGACCAUUCUAGAAAAAGCUACAUUUUCCAGCAGUGAGCACCUUCAACUGAAUGAAUUUACGUAUAACUCAUUGUGGUAACUCCAGUCACAUGGUGUAUGGAAAUGAUUGCAGUCAUUUUCUAAAACCACAAAUAUGCAUACUGGUGGUCCUCGUUUUGCAACCUACCUGUGUUAUGACGGCUUGCACUUAUGACUAGCUCUCUCGCAGGGUGGUAAGUGCGAGCCGUCGUGGGAAUUAGAGGGAUUCCCUGACAUGCUGCGUUCGUCUAUGUUCAGGGACAUUUCUCAUAGACGAAUAUAGACGAAUAUAGACGGCAAAUUUCCACAAGCAUAGAUUAGAGGGAUUCCCUGCUUUUGUGCGUUCUUCAGACAUCCGCACCAGAGCAGGGAUUCCCUCUAAUCUAUGUUCGGGGAAAUUUGCCCGAACAUAUAUUAGAGGGAUUCCCUGCUCUGGUGCGCUCAUCUAUGUUUCGGGGAAAUUUCCUCGAACAUACACAAGCGCACCAGAGCAGGGAAUCCCUUAACUGCUCACUUACCGACCAAUUCGCUCUACGAACGGGUCGUAGGAACUGAACCCAAUCGGUAAGUGAGGAGUACCUGUAGUUGGUUCUGUGUUUCAUAGCAUCGCACUGCAAUAUUACAUGUAUAAUGGCUGAACUUGAUGUCCACAUGUCUCUGUUCAGCUAUGUAACUAUGUAACAUUUAUUACCACAAACCCCACUUCCGCUCCAGUAAAGGUCCUCGCCUGGCUCGGAAACCAAUAAAACUCUCAGCAGGAGCUCUGGUCACUCCUCUGUCUCACACAGAGAGAAUUUAAAUCCUAUAUACAUUUUAAUGGAGGCCUACUGGGAUUGUCUCUAAAACAAGUUGUUGAGGAGCCAACUCGUAAAGAGGCCAUACUAGAUUUAGUGUUAACAAAUGGAGAUUUGGUAUCAGAUAUUACUGUAGGUGAAAGUUUAGGAUCCAGUGAUCAUCAGUCAGUGUGGUUUAAUAUAAGAACAGUGACUGAGUCACACCACACAAAAACAAAAGUUUUAGACUUUAGAAAAGCAGACUUUUCUAAAAUUAGAAUAUGGGUAGAGGAGUCAUUAUCAGACUGGAGCAAUUUAAAUAGAGUCCAAGAGAAAUGGGAUUAUUUAAAAGUUGCACUAUUGAAGGCAACAGAAAAUUGCAUUAGGCUUGUCAGUAAAAGCAAAAAAUUCAAGAAACCACUGUGGUACUCCGCAGAUGUGGCCAAAAUAGUUAAAAACAAAAAGUUAGCAUUUAGGAAUUAUAAAAAAACCCAGAGUGAGGAAGACAAAAUGAUCUAUAAGAUUAGGCAGAAAGAGGCUAAGCAAGUUAUAAGAGCUUCCAAAUCACACACAGAAGAGAAAAUAGCACAGUCAGUAAAAAAGGGGGAUAAAACAUUUUUUAGAUACAUAAAUGAGAAAAGAAAAGUAAAACAAGGAAUAGUUAGAUUAAAAACAAAAGAAGGAAGGUAUGUAGAAGAGGAUAAAGGUCAGGCUGACUGCCUCAAUGAAUAUUUUUGUUCUGUAUUUACAGAUGAAAAUGAAGGAAAGGGACCUCAGUUGAGAAAAAGGAUAAAUGAGUCAUUUAUUACACGUGAGUUUACAGAGGAAGAGGUUCUAUUUCAACUGUCAAAAGUAAAGACAAAUAAGUCAAUGGGACCUGAUGGAAUACACCCAAAGCUAUUAAAAGAGCUUAGUGGUGUACUAGCAAAACCAUUAACAGAUUUAUUUAACCAAUCAUUGUUAACAGGAGUAGUCCCAGAAGAUUGGAAGUUAGCGAAUGUUGUGCCCAUUUACAAGAAAGGUAAUAGGGAGGAGUCGGGCAACUAUAGGCCAGUAAGCCUUACUUCAGUAGUGGGGAAAGUGAUGGAAACCAUGUUAAAGGAUAGGAUUGAUGAACAUCUAAAAACACAUGGAUUUCAAGAUCAGAGACAACAUGGGUUUACUUCAGGGAGAUCAUGCCAAACUAAUCUUAUUGAUUUUUUUGAUUGGGUAACUAAAAUUAUAGAUCAGGUGGUGCAGUAGACAUUGCUUACCUAGAUUUCAGUAAGGCUUUUGACACUGUUGCACAUAGAAGGCUUAUCAAUAAACUGCAAUCUUUAAGUUUGGAUUCCAAUAUUGUUGAAUGGGUAAGGCAGUGGCUGAGUGACAGGCAACUGAGGGUUGUAGUUAAUGGAAUAUAUUCGAAGCUUGGACUUGUCACCAGUGGGGUACCUCAGGGAUCUGUACUUGGACCCAUUCUCUUUAAUAUUUUUAUUAGUGAUAUUGCAGAAGGUCUUGAUGGUAAGGUAUGUCUUUUUGCUGAUGAUACUAAGAUAUGUAACAGGGUUGAUGUUCCAGGAGGGAUAAGCCAAAUGACAAAUGAUUUAGGUAAACUAGAAAAAUGGUCAGAAUUGUGGCAACUGACAUUUAAUGUGGAUAAGUGCAAGAUAAUGCAUCUUGGACGUAAAAACCCAAGGGCAGAGUACAGAAUAUUUGAUAGAGUCCUAACCUCAACAUAUGAGGAAAGGGAUUUAGGGGUGAUUAUUUCUGAUGACUUAAAGGUAGGCAGACAAUGUAAUAGAGCAGCAGGAAAUGCUAGCAGAAUGCUUGGUUGUAUAGGGAGAGGUAUUAGCAGUAGAAAGAGGGAAGUGCUCAUGCCAUUGUACAGAACACUGGUGAGACCUCACUUGGAGUAUUGUACGCAGUACUGGAGACCGUAUCUUCAGAAGGAUAUUGAUACCUUAGAGAGGGUUCAGAGAAGGGCUACUAAACUGGUUCAUGGAUUGCGGGAUAAAACUUACCAGGAAAGGUUAAAGGAUCUUAACAUGUAUAGCUUGGAGGAAAGACGAGACAGGGGGGAUAUGAUAGAAACAUUUAAAUAUAUAAAGGGAAUCAACACAGUAAAGGAGGAGACUAUAUUUAAAAGAAGAAAAACUACCACAACAAGAGGACAUAGUCUUAAAUUAGAGGGACAAAGGUUUAAAAAUAAUAUCAGGAAGUAUUACUUUACUGAGAGGGUAGUGGAUGCAUGGAAUAGCCUUCCAGCUGAAGUGGUAGAGGUUAACACAGUAAAGGAGUUUAAGCAUGCGUGGGAUAGGCAUAAGGCUAUCCUAACUAUAAGAUAAGGCCAGGGACUAAUGAAAGUAUUUAGAAAAUUGGGCAGACUAGAUGGGCCGAAUGGUUCUUAUCUGCUGUCACAUUCUAUGUUUCUAUGUUUCUAGGUCUGCAUUGCCCUUAGAAGUACAUGUAGCUAUCUGCCAAGCAAGUUGACUUUACUUCAUGUGAAAUGUUGGUUGCAAUCUACUGGCAUUGUAGUAACCCUAACGUGCCAGUAGACUCCUUACAAAUUCUGAAAAGCUGGAAAAAUGAACAAAUAAAUGAGAAAGUAAAAUUCCAAAAAUCUACAUAAUUAUUUAUUCUAGAUAUUGCUGAACAACAAUCUAUGCAGAAAAUAGUUCUGUGAUUAUUGUAAGAGAUACAUACGUUUGUCCUUAAUUGCCCCAUUUAAUCUAAAAUUAAUUAUCCAUUUCAUAGAUCUUCAUGAAGCAUUGUAGUAAAUGUCAGUACAUCAAAUUAAUUCCAUAGGAGGCAGCAGAAAACAGCACCACCCAGUGGAAAGACCAUUUGAUGCUACUAUACAUUGAUAAAUAAUUACUGUAAAGAGUAAUGUGUAAUUGUGAGAAAUUCAGGUGUUUAAACAAUGCAUGUUUAUUUCCAGAAAAAAAAUACAGACAAUUCAAAGUUCUUUGAACAUGGACCUACCUGUUGAUGACAGUGAAGACAGCUGGCCAUUAUUGUCUUUGGCAUCGUCCUUCUUCAUAGUGUUUGGAGGUGUCCUGCCGUACAUUCCACAGUAUCAAGAAAUUAAAAGGACUUCAAAUCCCGAUGGAUUCUCUACCUUAGUGUGCCUGGUAUUGCUGGUUGCUAACAUUCUCAGGAUAUUUUUUUGGUAAGUUUGAUACUUUUGCAAUAUCUCUGGAACUUUCCUCCACCAGCUCUGUGUAGCUCGAUGAUCUACCUUUUGUCCACGAAUUGCUCAAGUGUUAUCAACUUUUCUUUACACCGACUAUUUUAUAAUAUGUGUUAGACUGGGUCAACCACUCUCCAAAAAGCAAAACUUUGGAAGCAGCCACUUUGGCAAAAUGUUUAUAUUUAUUGUCUUUUUAUAAUUUCUUCUACCUCUGUACCAGUUGCUUGAGAUGGAGAAUUGAGAAGAAGAGAGCCAAGUACAGGCCAGUUUAAAGAAUAAUAAUGCAAAAGUAACUACACAAGACACAGUUAUCAUCCUAAGGGCAAAUGUAGCACUAACCCUAACCUUAAAUGUUAUUCUCACCCUAAUUAUAACCAAUAUCCAACUUAAAUGUCAGUCUAUAACCUUAAAGCCCAAAUCUUAACCUGUUCCCUAAAUUUUCUAAGUCCCGAUGCUGAAGAGUACCCUUUGUCCCUAAUCUUCAGUGUAAUAUUAAUUAUACAUGCCUUACCGGGGCUUGCUGAAUAGCCCUCCUUAGUGUGCAUGGGUCUCCAAGAGAUCAGGUAACCAAUCUCUAAGGGUAACCGACUGCUGAAUGAGUAGGACGAUUGUGUUCGUUUAUGGUCUGUAAGUAAAUGGUUAAAAACUGGGAUCUGUGUACCACACAGGAAUGUCAAAAUAUCACCGAAACUUGCCCAUUCUCAAGAUACAUUUUUAAGAUAAUAAUAGGUUUUGGAUUUAUGUUAUUGUCAAAUUGUCAGUGUUAAUUUAAAUGUCUGUUUAGCACUUUCCAAUUCUAAUUAGUAAAAGUCUGCAGCGGUACAUUGUAACUUCUCUUUUAGACCUGAUAAUUUAUAGUCAUUAGUCUUGUACAACAAUACUACAACAUCCUGAAAAUUAAAAUGUUGUUUGACAAUGCAGCAUCGUAAUUCGAACAGAAUGACUUUCAGCCAAGGUAAGAUACUGUCACCAUGCUAAUUAGGAGGUUUAUAUAUUGUUGCUACUUUAAAUUUACAUUGUAAUUAUUAAACCUGAUGACAUGUCCGUUCAACAUUUUUUAAGGUUUAGUUUAAAAAAAGUCUUGUUGUCUCCCAGGGCCCUAAUUACAUCCAAUUCUUAUAAUCGUCAUGUUUCUUUGAGCUUUCUGCAUAUUUUCCUAAAUUAUUUCAGGCCACAAAAUGUAUUUAGAAUUAAUAAGAGUCAGAUUAAUGAGUGGUUUAAGAUCUCUGUGCCAGUAAUAAGGUUUGAGGUGACAUUGUAGCUUUUGGCUGUUAAAAUGUUAAAGAAUGGAACCAUAUUUCAUGACUUUGUAAUAAGUUUUCCCAGUGGAACAAAUUUGUAGAUCCACAAGGUCAUAGCAAAAACUUAGAAAAUUGCAUUUUUCAAUUCGUGAAAAUCUUGGUUUGCAAAGUUUUAGGCAUAUUUUCAACUCAUUACCAUUAAAACUUGUAAGAAGAUAGAACCUUCUUAAAUGGUUAAUUCUUUGCACAAUGUGGUCAAAUUAAACACAUCAGUUGGUCGGAAACUUCGGACCAGGCACCAUUGAUAGGCAUCACCUUACACGCUCAGGCUAUCAGUAACUACCCAUUCACAGAACAGAUUAAACAAAGGAACGUAUGUUUUUCACUCUAUUUUGUUAAUGGGGAGCAACUGAUAGAUUGAAUGUGUCAGCUGACGGUCUCAAACUACAAGUGGGGCCCCAUUCUUGAUUGAAGCCUCAGACUGAAAGGAAGUGAAGAAGCAGAGCUGAUGGGCCCAAAUUGAAGACUUUAGGGGUUAAACUGUUCAUUAAUGGUUUAACCCCUGAAGUUAAGACGGUGCUUGGGACAUCCUCACACCAUAACAACUGGUGCAGCGCACUCAUUAAAAAUUCAUUAAAAAUUCUGAACAGGAAAGCAUUGAGUCAGUGCUUUUCUACUAAGCUUUCUCUAGGUCAGGUGACCGAGUUUUAUACUCCGUCACUGCUGUGGAAGCACCUCUAGUGGCUGUCAUGCUCACCAUCACUAGAGGAGGCGUUAACCGUGCAAAGUAAACAUUGAUGUUUCUCAAACACUGUAUGUUAUACAUUGCAGGGUUAGGAGGGCAGAGGCACUGCAGCCUAUUGUGAUUCCAGACUACAGUGUUCCUUUAAAUCGAUUGAUAAUUGAUCAUUUGCACAAAGAAAUCUGCUUGUUUUAAAAGCUUUGUUUUUAAAUAAAAAAUAUAUAACAUUCAUAAAUGAAAGUUUUUGUUUGUAAAGUUUCAGUAAAUAUAUCGUGUUCCUCAUUUUAUUCUUUUUAUUACAUGAAUUACUUUCCAAACAUUUUUUUACUGGAAAUAAUGCCGAGUGUCAGCAGCCCUUUGGGUGUCGGGAUUAUAUUUCCGAAUACCACAGACAGACGACCAAUUCUAUUUAAAUAAAAUAGACAAAAUAAGGAAGGAAACAAAAUGCCAUACAUUAUGUAUCUGAAUGGAGGCCCCCCAUUAGGGAGAGGCCAGGGAGAACGUUGUGAAACAAAAUGGAUUACUUUUUAAAAUGGAAUGUAGGAUGUGUGAAAUAAUAAUGAUGUAUACAUAAUAAAAGAGUGGGGUUUUAAGAAAUAAAAGAAAUCAAUGAAAAAGAAUGCAUUAAAAAAAAUAAUUGCAUGAUGGCAGUUCGCAGAUAAUUAACUGUAUUUUUUUAAGUUUAUAAAACCUCUUACAUCUCCGAGAAGCCGAAUUUAGCCAGGUGAGUGUAUAAAUAUUCCUAUAUAUGAUUGACUGCAUUGCGAUCUAUAGAGUGAGUGUUAUUGCAAAUAAUUAUUGUUUCAAUUUACAUGACACUGAAUAAAAUAUAACUACACUGACCAUCUGUUGAAUUGUUGAUUACAUCAGGGGUGCCCAAAAGGAAGAUCCCCCGAUGUUUUAAAACUACAGCUUCCAUGAUGCUUUGUCAUUCUAAAUCCAUUCUAAAGGCAUGCAAAGCAUCAUGGGAGUUGUAGUUCUGCAACAUCUGGGGAUCUACCUUUUGGACACCCCCGUAUUACAUAAUAGGAUAUAUCUGUACCAUCAUUUUGAUGCAUAUAAAUCCACAGCCCUUAAAAUUAUUUCCGUUCCAAGAGCUUACAUUUUUCUAAAUUUCUGACCCAUUGGCCACUAUCCACACUUUGCAUAAUAUACGACACAGUUAUAUAGAAAAUAUUUUUUAUAAGAAAAGUGUCAAAAUCGCAACAUAAUUAGUGUCUAUGCUAAUUUAUAAAAUGAUUGCCUAAAAAAAAGGGACCACUGCACUAACUCCAGGGAAGCGAUAUGGGUGAAGAUGUUGGCGUUGGAUAAUAUACUGUUAAGCCCUAGAAAGCAGACCACACUGGGCCCUCUCUCUCACACUGAAUAGGCAUGGCUGCAUACAUCGACAGGUCCCAGCGCUCAUUAAUGUUCCCAUUCUCUCUCCUCUAGGUUUGGCAAGUUCUUUGAGUUCCCUCUUCUGUUACAGAGUAUCCUGAUGAUAGUCACUAUGUUAGUCUUACUCAGUCUGUGCUGCUCACUGCAAAAUGUCAACCGAGUCUCCACCAAGCAGCAUCAUUUCACAGGUAAGAUCGACCAUCUCCAAAUGAAAUACCACUAUCAGUUUACUUUUCCUUCAAAUAAAGAAAAUGACAUUUUAAUAAACCGAUUCUUUUUUGGUGAAUUGAGAUUUUCAGACAACCUAGGAACCAGGCAUACACAGGUUAAAAGUAACUCAUUAACUUUCUACUUAAAAUUCCAAGAAUUUGUUUCCUCCACGAUAUCUUUCUAUAAGGAUAAUAGACUCAUUUUCAUUUACACUUUUUUUGUUUUGUUUGUUAACUUUAUUAAUGAUUAAAAUGUUCUACCCUAAAUCUCUUGAUGACAUCACAUCGCGUUCCGCUCACCUUAGGGCCUGUAAGUGGUUAAAUUUCUCUCUUUUCUCAAGAUAAUAAGAAUAAAAAAAUCCAACACGUGAGAAGGAAUCACAUCUUGUUGAAACCUCUUCUCCGUAUAAUUUAUGGAAGUGACUUAUCGUUGUGAUUCAUUUAUCUUCCUUAUUUUUACACCGUGUUCUUAUCGAUUAGACUGUUCGUCAUUGUCCUUUAGUUGUGAGAUCCUGACUGUGCAUUUGGAAAUGGCUUUUCUCAUCGAACCCGUGUCCUCUUUGUCAACGGAGCGUAUUUCACUCUAGGCUGGUCACAGUUAACCAAACACUGAAGCAGUGUCACAGCGUGAAAUAUGACUAAUCUAUAAUGUUUCAAAAGCCAUAACACCUUAUCAAUUGCUCAUAAAAUAUGGCGCUCCACUUGUAGUGUUUCAUUCAUUGGAGCAUGAAAUUGGGUAAACCUGGUCCGUCAUAACAUUCGCAAAAAUGACAAGUAAGACAUUCCUGUUCUUGGUUUAUUGUAGGAAUUUAAUAUUCUGAAAUAUUCCAUACACGUUACAAGACCAACGCUGUAGUGGAGGAAACAGACUUUAGCAGACUUGCUAAGCAUCGUGGGAAGUGUAGUUUGCAAACAUCGGUUAUUCAAGGUUAGCAAUGAUUGGACAAUAUCAUGACACAUUUAAUUUUCAAAAUCUAGCAACAACUAUCACGAUGUACAUUUGGCUCAACUUGUCUUCUUGAGCUAAUGGGAGAGCAAACCCUAUUUUCUCUAUGUGGCCAGCCAUGCUUUGGAUUCAAGCAGUUUGUAGCCCUAGCACCAUGGUUUUUACUGAUACCUUGUGUAACUUGUUCCAAAUUCGACUGGUCUGAUUGCUUAUGUUCUUCUGAAAAGUCAGAAUCUCACAUAUUUAAUUUGCUUUGUAAGUUUCAUUAAUAUCAAAGUAGCUCUCCAAACACCUGACGCAGUUUAGCUUGCUGAAGUGCUUUAUGUGUGAAGAGUAUGUCCUGUUUUUUUUUCAUUUUACAAAAAAAGCACAGGUUUCAAUAGAAAUUGGCACUUUUAUACAUUAACCUUGUUACGUCAGCCUGGCCGUCUAUCAGACAAACAGUCCUGUUACUUCCUGGUUUGUUUAGCUCAGGGGAGAUAAACUCAAGAGGCGGCAAUUGACCAGAGCACCUGCCUUGGAAAGACUUCUCAUUGAGCUGCAUUGGGAAGUCUGUGAUUGGACAGCCACAGAAAGUCUGGGCGGGGUUAAAAAGGGAGGGCUUGCAAAGGCAGCAGAAAAGAGAUCUACAGCUUUUGCAAGAUGUUUUUCCAUAUACUCCCAAUGUAAAAAAAAUCAAUAUAAAUUGCAAGCAUGUUUUAAUAGGGGUAUGUCUACUAAAUUGUGAUUAUUUGGAUGGUGGAGUGUUCUUUUCAUAUAGAUUGAAAGAUGAUAAAUUAAACCAUUGAGCUUUAAUACUGUUCAUGCCUGUAUUUGGAAAGCAUCCCAAGCGAUAACAAAGUUGUUAAAGUUUGCUGUACAGCAAUGAGUAUACAGAUGGUAGAGAAAGAAGAUGUUCAACCCAACCAUUAUGUUAUCAGUGCCACGGAUGUACAAUAAAUACUUCCAUCGCCAGUAAUGGCAUUUCAUUCUGGGAUGGUAUAUCCAUACAGUGUUUGUGUUUCAGGGCUUCUUAGUAUAUAAGGUAGAGUCUGAACGUAUCCUUUAAUUAACUAUAAUAAUUUUAGCGACACACGAUACUGUGAUUGUGAAUCUAUAAUCCAUCAUUCUACAGAAAUCUGGUGGAAGAAAUGCUCAUCAACACUAAAUGUUUUUUUAAAUGUCCUGAAUAGUAAUAUAAUUCAAAUUAAACUAAUUUACAUGCAAUUUACAUAAACAUAACAAUGUUAAUUCCAGGCCAUUUUCUUUUGUUUAGCAUUUGAGUCUUCACGUUCCAGUCACAGACCUUCAAUUAGAGACUUUAUAAAGGACAUCGUGUUCACGUUUCCUAAAAACAUAUAAAAAGUCUCUAUAAGGGCAUGACUAAUUACCCAGUGCUAAUUGAGUGAGCGGAUUAGAUUGUGACUGCAGUCAUUAGGGAGAUGUUGAUGUCUGGCAUUAACCCGCAGCUCUCAAUGUAUACCUCAUUAUGGUAAUGUACAGUUUGUGAGUGAGGCAACUCGGCCUUUAAGGGAGAAUUGUGAGGGACAGCACACUAUUCACAUGUUAUAUCACAUGUACCAAUCUCUGAUCAAUAACAAUAUGUUCUCCCACAUGUACAACCUGCCCCCCCACACACACUGUAGCCCUCACACACACACUGUACUCCUCAUGCACUAACUGCCCUAACCUCAUGCACUAACUGCCCUAACCCCCCUAUAGCAACAAACCAUCCUAGCCUUGGUAGAGACAUUGCUGCAUCUCUAACACACAGACUGCCCCCUCCCCUCCCUCCCACACACACAAACUACAUCCUUCACAAACACAAUGCACCCCUGUACACACACUGCACCUCUCACACACACACACACACACACACGCACACUGCACCCUGUACACACACACUGCACCCUGUACACACACUGCAUUCCUCACGCACACUGCACCCCUGUACACACAAUGCACCCCUCACACACACACAUAUUGCACCCCUCACACAGACACACACACACACUGCACCCUGUACACACACUGCACUCCUCACACACACAUGCACACUGCACCCCUGUACACACAAUGCACCCCUCACACACACACAUAUUGCACCCCUCACACAGACACACACACACACUGCACCCUGUACACACACUGCACUCCUCACACACACAUGCACACUGCACCCCUGUACACACAAUGCACCCCUCACACACACACAUAUUGCACCCCACACACACACACACACACACACACUACAGCCCCUAUCCCGAGGGGGGCACUAUGGCACUACUGGCACCAUAGCCACUACAACAUAAUGUAGUGGUUAUUGUGCCUGCAUUGUUUCUUUAAAUAAUCUACCAGUGCCACUCCCAAGAUUAGGGGCCCAGUAUAUGCUGCAGCGCUGUGUAUAUAUACAACCUAGAAUUGUUUUGACUUGGGGCGCCUUGGAAAAAUAUUGAAAUAUUAAGGGCGCCUUGAACCUAAAAAGUUUUGGAACCACUGCUUUAUACAAUAACUAAAAUAAAACAAAAUGUGAUUUAAUUUGCUUUUCUCUUAUUUUUUUUUCUAUUUCUAUAGCAUGUUCUUGAAAAGUAGUGGUUUGACUUGUUUCAAUGCCGGGAUCUCGAUAGUUAUCACUGUGAUGGGGUAACGUCAUGUGGAAUUACUCCGAUUUCCGAAUUGGAAGUCAUGUAUUGAAUAUCUUGCUAAAUUGCCAUGACUGGCUGCGAGCUGAGCUUGUCUGACCUAGUUUUCUCAUAAUGAUAACGCAAUGAAUUGAAUAAUGUUUCAUAGACAAACAGUUUCAUUUAGAUUAUACAAAGGUUAACAAAACAAGUUCGAGAAACUCUUUCCAGUCAUACGAUGCAUCACCCCAGGGCUUUAGGUCUUUUUGAACUAGAGAGGAAAAAGUUUUAUAUUUUUUUAAAAGCCCAUAAUAUGUUAACUAUUUUACCAACAUGGCUGAUUUGGGCUACAUUUUUGCAAUUCAGUUUUCAGUGGACGACAUUUAGUCGACAUCCCAAUAAAAUUCAGAGCUAGUUCUGUAAUCAUUUGAGAAAUGAGCAUUUGGUCCCCAAUUCAUUUGUAAUUUGCUUAAAUUCUGAGGUAAUUUUGUCGCAUUCAGGUUUUCAAUGAAUUAUUGUAUCAGGUUAUCCAGUUAUAAUCCAAUAGAUAACAAAGGCACUCGAAAGGUUAACAUCCAAUCAUUUAGGGAUUAUCCUAGAAAAAGAGACAGCUAUUCCUAUUCUUACGAAACAAUACAGAAAAUUUUAUCAUACUUACCGUAAUUUUCUUUUCCUGGCUAUUAUUCAUGGCAGCAUCACUUAUGGGUUAGCUCCGCCCCAAUCAGGUACAGGACAGGAAAAAUCAAUUAAUCUGGACCCGACUGGGGUAUAAAAGGUCCUUCCUCCUUCUAUCCCACAGUCGAGUUCCAAAGCUUCAUAAAAUCUCAAGGGAGGGUUGCUGAUGCUGCCAUGAAUAAUAGCCAGGAAAAGAAAAUUACGGUAAAUAUGAUAACAUUUUCUGUAUUCCUGGCUAAUCAUGGCAGCAUCACUUAUGGGUAAUACCCAAGCUUCACCAUAGGGUGGGAAAACCUAAAAAUUUUUUUACUCUAAACCAGAUAAUGCUGAUAUAAGUUUAAUUAGAUAGAUUCAACAGAGGAUAGAACACCUCUACCAAAGGCCGUAGAGGAUGAUGCCAAAUCCAGUUUGUAGUGCUUGAUGAACGUAAGAGGUGAAGACCAUGUAGCUGCCUUACAGAUGUCGUCAGCUGGAACUUCUGCCCAAUUUGCCCAUGAUGUUGCCAAAGCCCUUGUAGAGUGAGAGUUGAUCUUACUAGGAGGAGUAAGGUCUUUUAAUUGAUAAGCCUUGAUUAUAGUAUUGGAGAUCCAGCGUCUCAAGGUGGAGGUAGAGGCUGCUUCCCCUCUCCUGGGACCUAUCGGAAGAACGAACAGCUGUUUGAUUUGAAACUUCAACGUAUUUGAGUAGACACUGUCUGACGUCCAACUGAUGAAGUUUCACUUCCUCUGGAGAAGAAGGAGAUGGAUAAAAGGAAGGAAUAACAACUUCCUGUAGAAUGUGGAAAUUCGAGGCUACUUUAGGCAGAAACUCUUGUUUAGGUCUUAAAACCACCCUGUCGUGGAAUACCUGAAAAUGGUUUUCAUCACAUGAGAAUGCAUGGAUUUCUGACAUGCGUUUUGCUGUAGUUAUAGCCACCAGAAACAAGGUCUUAUAUGUAAGUAAGACAAUACCCAGCUCAUCUAAAGGAGCAAAGGGGUUUUCAGACAAAACCUCUAAUACCAUCGGUAAAUUCCAAGGCGGAGAAUAAUUCCUUUUCGGAGGUCUUAUACGAAUGGUUGCUUUAAAGAAUCUGGCAAUAAUAGGAUCAGAUGCCCAUGACUUGUUGCAGAGAGCCGAUAAAGCUGAUGAUUGGACUUUCAGAGUACUAAGGCUCAGCCCUUUCUCCAGGCCUGUAUGAAGAAAAUUUAGAAUGUUGAUGUUAGAGGGCUGCAGAAAAUUAACAUUGUUAGCUUGAGACCAGGAACGAAACACCUCCCAUAUCUUAUGGUAGCAAGAAGAAGUUGACCCUUUUCUGGAUUUAAGGAGGGUAUUAACCACAGGCUCAGAGAUGCCUUGAGCUAGAAGUCUCUCCUUUUCAAGAACCAUGCCCCCAAUUUCAUUUCUGUAAACCGAGCACAGAAGAGCCUAGGAUCUCAUGAAGAAACUUCUGCAGUCUGUGACUUACAACAAAGAUUAUACAGCCCAGGUAAGAUUAAACAAGAGAUCCUAAAGCAUAAUAUGAAUAACAAAUAAAGACUUACCCUGGCUUCUCCACAAUACUCUGCCUUCUGAUCAGGGGGGUUUUGAUGUUUUUAGCAGGGGAAUUUUUUAAAGCUACAGCUGACCCCACAUCAAAUAUAUAUAUAUAUAUAUAUAUAUAUAUAUAAAAUUUCUCCCACACUAUGGUACAGAUAAUAAUCUGUGCAGGCUGUUUACUGAGUUCUUCAGAUGAAGAGAGGCUGAACUUCAUCUGGAGGCCCAUGGUACACAUGGGAAGGUGGCCCAAAAAAAAAAUAUUUUAUCCUGUUUGUCCUGAAAGGACAGGAAAAAAGACUGUGGGAUGGAAGGAGGAGGGACCUUUUAUACCCCAGUCGGGUGCAGAUUAAUUGAUUUUUCCUGUCCUGUACCUGAUUGGGGCGGAGCUAACCCAUAAGUGAUGCUGCCAUGAUUAGCUAGGAAUAUGGAAAUACAAAACACCAGGUUUUCUUUACCUAAAUCAGCCUGCAGGCAAAUCUCAGCUACCCAAAAUUCGGAAUAUUCUUUGUGGGGCUUCGGCUAACCUUUGAAAAAAAUAUUUCAAAUUUCUGUGCACAAAUCACAGGCACACAUACUGCACAAUAUAGUUAACUGCUGACGUGUUUUAUAUGGAGGAAUAAAGUAUCUGGAAUAAAGUAUCUGGUGUUCUCUUGCGAUAAAAAAAAGUCCAAAAAUUUCAAAUGGACAUACAAUGGCCCUUUGUUUUUUUGCCUUCAUUAGGGGUCCAGUCAAUUUUUGGAUUUAAUUAACUUUAGUGUCACCGUAAGAAGUUUUUGCACCUUGACUAUGUUAGGUAUGUUGGGCAAAUCACAUGGUCAAAAUCUCAAUAAAGUCUUUUAAGUCAUAAGCGUGCUGUAGGCCUAGCUCAUAGGGAAAUCACGACCUGUUAUGAGAACCUAAAUACAUUAAGAGCCCCUCACAAAUGUAUCUGUAUGCUGAUCUUAAACAUUUUGUUUCUUGGGACAUAAACCCACAAUAUAAACUAGUUAGAAAUGUUUUAUAAGAUAAUUAUGUAACCCUCACCUGACUCGCAUGCAUACUUCUGGUACCCAGGGACCUCUGCUGGUGGAGGUCAGGAGGCCACGUUAUUACAUCAUCGCUCGCCCUGUCCAAUUACUGUGGAAAAAUGUGCUAAAUGUGUUAACAUGAACAGUAACGAGUAUGGAUUUACCUCUCCCAAAGGUGACACUCCUUCACGUCAACUGAAUGUCACAUCAUCAGAAAGUGACCUGCCAUAUAUUGCUGACAGUCAUUCUAGGUAGAAUUUGCUGUAAGUAUCAGUUAGACGCUAGCCUCUCGUGGGUAAUACUGAUUCUUAAAAAACCACCUAUGGAAACAGACUGCUCUUUAGAACACUCUGAAUACCCGCAAAUGCUCACCGGUAUGGUAGCAAUCUUACUCUACCUGUUAGUCAUGUCCUGGAAUACGUCCCUUUAUUUCCUGUGCCCUCCAGAUUGCCAACCCUCUUUGUUACAUACCUUGUCCUGUUCCUCUUUACUAUGUCUCAUUUAUCUUCUCCCAUUUUCCAUGAUCUCCCAUCCACCUCAUUACAUUAUCGUUUAUUUUUUGCAGUGUCCUGCUUGAGACUUUAUGCAUCGUAUGCGUUUUCCGAAGUACUUACACAUAGCUCUUUGAACAUGGUACUGGAAAAUAAUGACAUUUUUAUUGUAAAAAAAAAAUUAUCUCAAUAAAAUCCAGUUUAAUUCCAGGCUGUAGCAUAAUAAAACGAGGAAAGGUGGGUCAAUACAUAUAAACCAUAUAAAAUAUAAUAUCUAAACCAUAUAAAAUAUAAUUAUAUAAAUCAUAUAAAUACAUAUAGAUAAUUUUACUAGAGAUAAAAAUUAUUUGGAGUUAUUGAAUAACAGGUCUCCUGUUGACAUCGAUGGGAAAAUGCUAAGCAGUGGCAAAGGAUAAACGUAUCUCAUCUAACAGAAUCUAGCCUAUGGUGAUUAGUGUGCGAAUAUGCUAGAAAACAGAAAAUGGAAUCUUGAGAUUUUCUCUUUACGUUAGUAGUUUCCAGUUACUGGUUGAGUAGAGUAUCUCAACCCAGUGGAAUUCAGACUGCUAAAAUGGUUGUUCAUUCAUUUGCAGUUUUCCUCAGUUCCUGGUUAAAGCAUCACUAUAGGGUCAGGGACACAAACAUGUAUUCCUGACCCUAUAGUGUUAAAACCACCAUCUAGCCCCUCUGGGCCCCUCAUGCCUCUAUAAAUAGAAUAAAAAUCUUACUGUAUUCAAGCCGGAAGCUGCUGGCUCUGCCCUGUCUGCCUCAGAAAAACAAGCAGUCUGCUGACAUCGGCAGAAGUGGUAGCCUGAUCCAAUCACAAUGCUUCCCCAUAGGAUUGGCUGAGAUGGACAAGGAGGCAGAUCAGGGGCAGAGCCAGCACAAGUCAAACACAGCCCUGGCCAAUCAUAGAGAUGAAUGGAAUCAAUGAAUCUCUAUGAGGAAAGUUCAGUGUCUGCAUGCAGAGGGAGGAGACACUGAAUGUUUGGAUGCAUUUUAGGCAGCCAUGACCCAGGAAGGAUCUCUAACAGCCAUCUGAGGAGUGGCCAGUGAAGUUAUCACUAGGCUGUAAUGUAAACACUGCAUUUUCUCUGAAAAGACAGUGUUUACAGCAAAAAGCCUGAAGGUAAUGAUUCUACUCACCAGCACAAAUUCAAUAAACUGUAGUUGUUCUGGUGUCUAUAGUGUUCCUUUAAGUAAACUGAGUUCAGUAAACGAUUUAAAGGUCCGGAUUACACUGUUCCUCUAUUCACUGAGAGAGUAAACAACUGCACUAAAAUAUUAUGUGAAAAACAAUAUUAUAGAUUGUUCUAAAUACCUUUAAAGAGCCCAUCGCACAAUCAGGGACCAAUUAAUCUCCUGUCACUAAUCCUUGUUCAUGUAUAUGGAUUAUAAAACGCGCCUUUCUAUAUAUAAACAGAAAGCGUCAAUGUUUUAAUGCGCAUUUUGUUAACCUGUCAUGGCUUCCAGUUCUAAUCUGUAAUAUGCCUUAGGCUGGCUUACUUCCAUUACAGAAUUUAACUGAAUGUGUUUCUACUGGAAAUAUCACAAAGUGGUUCCCAGUGACCCGGAUUAAUAUUUGUUAGAAAGCUUAAAUCAGACGUUGCUUUACACGGAUUACUUUUCAUUCCACUGAAGAUAAAAUGAAUUGAUUUGUCAAUGUAAAAGCCAUUAACUGUUGAGUAACGAGGUAGAAUGAAUGGAACAUGUGGAAAAUAAAGAUUCUUGUGAAGCUCGUUGUACACACAGCGGCUUACAUAUCUAUUUCAAGACAGAUAUAUACCGCGGCAAUUACGGGAGUCCAGGAUAAUCAUUCAAAGCUUAAUCGAGAUUUCUGAACAUUGUGCCCAGUAGGUGCUCCUACCAGGAACACACAGGGGACUGGAGGAGGUUAGUGGUAAUAGCCCAUGUCAGCUUGCAACCAUUAUUAUUACUAUUCUUUUAUUAUUUAUCUAGUGCCAUCAGAUUCCGUAGUGCUGUAAUCGUGGACAUCUCCCACCAGUCCUGGUUGUGGUGGAAAGUCCUGAUUUGGGGUCCAUCCUCGCUUUUUCAGAGUUGUCAUGAGAGGAAGUAACCAAAAGGAACAGUGUAUUUACAUAAUUAAAUACAUUAGUGACUGAUUUCAGGAGACUAUUUUUCAAACACGAGAGCUUUAUAGCACUCUGCGCAUGUAUCAGCCCAGUAGGCACACAGGUGCACCAUGUUUAAAAGACUCCUUUUUGUUCUCACCUAUCUUGAGUUAUCCACAACAUGAAUUGUUUCAUUGAAAUAGAAUUCAUUGUGCCACGUAUCCCACAGGAAUGCCCGCUGAGAAUGGCACGUAUAACCGUAUACUGUUGUUAGCCAAUCAGAACACAGCUGAUGUUCAUAUAAUGUAAAAGUAAACGUUGGUACUGGCAGUAGGCUAGCCUCCAUUCGUUCAGCCUAUUGUUACCACCCAAAUUAAACAGUAAUGUAGAAUUCCCUUCCACAUGCGCCAUACAGUAAACAAGCCAGCUCUUUUUCUUUUGAACCCAUUUCAAAAUAUUUGAAACAAACUGGGGGGAGUGGAGUUUAAAAAACCCAUAAAGAUCUUGAUGACCUGUAGUAGUUAUGGUGUUUAAAGGGCCCAUUAAUUUGUUAGCAAUUCAUUAUCUUCAGUUAGAUAACAGCUGAAAAAUCAUUGCAUGGACCAAACUGUAAUAAAAUUAUUCAGAUCAGAUUCGGUUUUCGGAGAGUAUUCAGUAUAGCUAAUAGAAUGUUUUAAUGUUAUUCUUAUACUGGAACUUUACAUCUAUAAUUUAAUUUGCCAAGCUGAAGAGAUUAAUAUUUACUAAGCAUAUAUACUUUGUAUCAUACCUCACAGUAAUAGAUUAUACAUCAAAUACCCCUAGCUCUGUCUUAAACCUUCUGAAUAUAUUGAAUCCCAACUGGCUCAGGCUAAGUAAUCUCUGAAAUGGAUAUCAAGAUCUAAGUAAUCUGCUGAUGCUGCAGGGCGCUGCCACUUUUAAGGGGCAAUAACAAAGGUUCCCAAGUGGCCUUGUUUUGGAGGGAUAGUCCUAAUUUUGAGAAAACCCACGACGUGCCUCUUUUCUAUCUUAAUGUCCUUCUUUUCUAGAAUAAAAGUCUUUAGAAAUGAAGGAAUACUUUGGUCUUUAUCAUUAGCAAUUAGUAGGUCAUGGGGUCUUAGCUCCACCAAGAGCUGGACCCACGCACACAACCCCUACUACUGGCCCUCCACUUGCCCAAUUCUGGUAGUCCCUACCUGCACUUUUGUAUCACCUUAAACAAGGAAUAUGAAUACUCUGAGAACGGACAAAAGCUUAGAGGAAUUCAGUAGCUUGCCCUUCCGUAAAUCCCAGCUCACGUCUCAAAAUAGUUUUGCUCACUUGUGCCAUUACAGAGAGAACCAGUUCCAAGGCAUAUCAGACUAAUCCCACCCAUAAUGGCAGUCCAGAACCAAAAUGGCAGCAAGUUCUCUCUGCACAAGAGAUAAAGCAACCCCAGACAAGUGUUUAAGCCUUCUUUGGGCCUCGUCAGCGAGGUGUAGCUGAUACCCCUCUAGGCGCAGAGAGCACGGGAUCCAUCUAAGCUGCUUAGUUUCUGUUCGAAUAGAAUGAAGAGAAUGUAAAUUGACUGUAUGGUUAUAUAUGCUUAGCUAUACCUCAUUCUUUCAUGUUCAAUUUAACAUUUAGGCAGUUAUCUGAAAAAAAGCUAUUUCAUUUCAGUUUGCUUUGCUAAUAAAGUUAAAGGACCACUCUAGGCACCCAGACCACUUCAGCUUAAUGAAGUGGUCUGGGUGCCUGGUCCAGCUAGGGUUAACCCAUUUUUUAAUAAACAUAGCAGUUUCAGAGAAACUGCUAUGUUUAUGAAUGGGUUAAGCCUUCCCCUAUUUCCUCUAGUGGCUGUCUCAUUGACAGCCAGGCUUGCGUUUCUCACUGUGAUUUUCACAGUGAGAAGCGCUAGCGUUCAUGGGCUUUAUGACCGGCUGAAUGCGCGCGAAGCUCUUGCGCUGCGCAUUCAGCCCGGAGGAGGAUCGGAGGAGGAGAGCUCCCCGCCCAGCGCUGGAAAAAGGUAAGUUUAACCCCUUUUCCCCUUCCAGAGCCGGGCGGGAGGGGGACCCUGAGGGUGGGGGCACCCUCAGGGCACUAUAGUGCCAGGAAAACUAGUAUGUUUUCCUGGCACUAUAGUGGUCCUUUAAAUGUCGUGUAUGAUUGAGUAAUGUUUGCAUACUGCCUUUGUUAACAUACUAAUUAACUAUGUUAUGCCCCCUUGCAGCCUACCCCCUGCCCACACCCUAGUCUUCCUUAGUCAUUUAGAAUGUUGGAGGCUGUGGCAUUGUUUCUUUGGAUACUCAGUCCUUUGUUGACAUCUCUCUAUUUCGGUUAUAUACUUUAUAUUCUGGAGAGGAGCCUGGUCUCCUUAUUGCACAAUGUGGCAAGCAGAGUGUCACUUUCUAAAUAAUCUAUAACAAUUUAUAUACAUGUUAGUUGGCAAACAAUAUUCACAGCUUGGGGGCAACUUGGGAACCCUACUAAUUAUAGGCUUACUUCGAUCGAUAUAGAGCACUUUGGCACAGACGGUGCAACCCAUCUGAUGGCACUAGACUACUACAGCUUGCUUGUAGGAAUAAUUAUAUUGACAAUAAUAACUCUUUAACCCCUUGGCGACAUCUUCAAUUUUAGCCUGUUUGGGCCCUAGAGAGACAUUCUAAGCACCGUAAAUACUACGUGGUACCGAGUGGUUUAACCCCUUAAGUACACAUGACAUGUGUGACAUGUCAUGAUUCCCUUUCAUUCCAGAACUUUGGUCCUUAAGGGGUUAAAGAGUCUGUCACCAUACCCUCGAUCUGUAAACACUGACAUUUCUAUGAAAAUGCUCUGUUUACAUUUGUCCCUAAGGACAGCGUUGGUGUUGGUGUAUUCCUUUAAAGGAUUUAUAGUUUUUAUUGAUUUUGGCCUCACUAAUAUGCAGUAUGUUUGGCAUGCCCAAUUCAUUUCUUGUCUGCAGCUUUUGCAAGGCCUCCCUUUCUUCCCCAGCCAGGGCCGGACUGGGAAUUCCAAAGCAGCCCUGGAAAAAAAAUGUAUGCCAGCCCCAUAAGUCAUUGCGCCAUAUAUUGUCGCAUGUUAUAUGUAAGGCUAUGUCUUGCCACCCUAGUUGAUUGAGAUAUAGAUAUAUCUUUCUCCAAUAUAAAAUAUUGGUCCUUUCAGAGUAAAACGUUUAAUUAUACAGUAAGCAUACUGUGACACAAGAUGAUUGAUACACAGCCUCAUAGACAAACAAUCUCACUGAUAUACAUAAGGUCAUUGACAUAAAAACACAAGCUCACUCAGUAGCAGGCACACACACACACAAGCAAGCCCUUGGACUCGAAACUAGUGAAUUUCUCUGGGCCAUAGAUACACAGGUCCCAAAGUUGGCCAAACUCUUCCUAUUAGCUGGGAGGUAUGCUAAUAUGAAUCAAGGAACCACGGGAGGUGUCCUCAAAUUUCAACACAACACUCCCAUAUUUGCAGCUCCUAAAGGAUAUGAAAUUAAAACUAUGAGUGCGUUAAUGCAAUGUUGGUAAAAUGAUAAAAUGUAGAGCUGGGCCUCGUUCCCCUAGCAGAUAGCUUCGGGUAAGUGUUAAUCUGUGCUGUUAGUUAUAUCAGAGCUGUAUAAUAGUAUGACUUGGGUUUCUUUAUACAAACUAUUUAUUUCUUACUCUUACUUUUUUCGUCUUUUUGUUUUCAAUGAUAAUUCUCACAAAUCAAUUUUAAUUGGCAAAAAGUUGCUUUUCUACCUGUACGAAAUCCUUCAGUUUAAUCACUUUACGUCAAGGGAGGCCUUCAUCAAAUUUCUCUGCAAAUCUCCUCUGCUCCUUUGGGUAGCAAAAUUAUGGAAGAAACUUUUAUCUGUCCAGAAUGUAAACAUCAGAACCGCCAGGAAUCCGUUCCGUGUGCGAUAUCUGUAGGACAAGUGCAGCCAUUCUUAAGUAGUUCUAACAAACAUUGUUAUGGUUGCAUCAAAUACUUACCUGCUGAGCUACCUACCACAGGGAGGAAUGAGUAGGUUUAUAUAUGUAGAUAUUGCAGCAAUGCUCUUAUUUAACCAUAUCAAUACUUUAUGAGAUGAGACAUUUAUCUAAAGUAUCCUGCUCACUUCUCUUUCACACUUUCACAUAGAGAGAUACAAAUUAUUAUUUUCACAAAAAUAAUAUCUGUAAUAUCUCCUGCAAUGACUCUAGACGUGGAUCUCAGGGUCACCGUGAUGCCAACACUGCCAAGAAUUCCAUUGAAAUGUAAAUUAUUUUGACAGAUUUUGAACUUGACUACUUUUGGAAGUGGAGCAGAUUUGAAGACUAUGUCCAGUUCUGCUUCUCUCUGACCAUCUCCGGUGCCCUCUUGACAUAUCUUUUCCUGGAUAUCCCAGCAUACGUGGAAGGAAUUGGGCUAGUUGCUCUCCUAACAGAAGCCACACUCGGCAUUCCUCAGCUUCUGCAGAACUUCAAGAACAGGUCCACACGGGGAAUGAGGUAAGAUAAUUCAUUCAUUAAAAGUCAUCAUUACAGUUGAUGAAAACUAUAAAUGUUCUUAGUGAUUGAGCAAUCAAUACAUUGUCACCUUUUAUAAAAUUCCCAGGUUUAUACUUUAAUUAACAUUUCUGUACAGGGUUAAGUGGGUAUACUUGUUACUUUUCUUUUCCCAUUGAAAGAAUUAUUAAAGAAAAUAAGUUAUGAAAAUUGCAGAUAGAAAAAAACUAAAAAAACACAUUAUUAUUAUUUUGAUUUAGUAAUAAAACUUCUAUAUAUUUUGUAGUGGUGAAAAAUUAGUGUAAAACAUUAAGAAGGAGGGUCGAGGAUGGCUUUCGGAAAUUUAAGCCUUGAUACUUUUGUCUGUUUGAUAUUUUAUCCAAUCAGAAUCAGUUACUGAACAGAAAAUGCACAGAUAACUGUAAACUAAUGGCAGUCCACCAUCUGACAUCCUUGAUAGGCUCCAUAUCUUUUACAUGUAUAUUAUAUUUCUAGAAAUGUCUUCUUUUUAAGGUGAACGUGGACUGAUACAUAAAUGUAAAAUGAUAUGUACAAAAACCUUUUGGUUAUCAUGCAUGAACAAUAAACAUAGAUAAAUAAUAUCGGCUGAUGCAGUCUGCUAAUCUGUUUUAGCAAGAUCUCAUUUUAAACAAAAAGAAAAAAAUAACAUUAUUUUGUAUAGCCUCUAUCUUCAGGCAUGUCUCAGGUGACACAUUUAUGGGUACACUGACUAGUCUAAUAAAUGUCAUUAUUCAGAACAUAAACUUCAAUAAAGGAUAAUCUCCGCGUACGAAAUAAGAUGCAGGUUCCUAAUUAACGUGCCAUGCCUAGGAACGACAUUAGUUAUAUUUAUGUUGAUUUGUGCCUUCUCUGGCAGAUUCCUCUUGUGAACUACUUAUUAGUAAACCAUGUGCCAAGCUGGGAAAUCAUACCCGCGUUAUACCGCUGGAGAGCCAACCUUGCCGUCUCUGAGGUCUCAUAAAACUAAAGUUGAUUUAUUAUUUAAAGUUCAAAUUGGUACAAUUAUUAAAUAUCUAUAGACAGCUCCUGGGCUUUUACAAAUAAAUGUAAAUAAAUGUAAUAAAUCCUGCUGUAAUGUGUCUGUACAUAUCUAUGAUGGCGGGAGCUGGCUGUAUGUUUAGAGCACAGUGACCUAUUAAUUAGAAUUUGUCAGGAGCCAAUGUUACGUUCCCAAACUCCAGAACGUGACCUGGCCCCUGACAUAAUAGUAUAACACAGCCAUGAUAACAAUAUUGAUGCAUGGCAUUUGGCAUGUCACAUUGGCUCAUGCUGAAUACACCCAAGGGUUCCUUAUUCACAGACUAUUUCUAUUCUACCUCUCUAACGCCCAUUACUCCCUUAGCCUAGUAUCUGAGAGUAAUCUGAAUUUUCUAAUGAUGAAUACCAUUUUGGUGGGAGGAGGGGGGAGAAAGGGGGGGGAGGGAACACAAUAUUAAAGGGACACUAUAGUCACCAGAACAACUACAGCUUAUUGAAUUUGUUCUGGUGAGUAGAAUCAUUACCUUCAGGGUUUUUGGUGUAAACACUGUCUUUUCAGAGAAAAUGCAGUGUUUACAUUACAGCCUAGUGAUAACUUCACUGGCCACUCCUCAGAUGGCUGUUAGGGAUCCUUCCUGGGUCAUAGCUGCCUAAAAUGCAUCCAAAAAUUCAGUGUCUCCUCCCUCUGCUUGCAGACACUGAACUUUCCUCAUCGAGAUUCAUUGAUUCAAUUCAUCUCUGUGAGGAGAUGCUGAUUGGCCAGGGCUGUGUUUGAAUUGUGCUGGCUCUGCCCCUGAUCUGCCUCCUUGUCAGUCUCAGCCAAUCCUAUGGGGAAGCACUGUGAUUGGAUCAGGUUACCACUUCUGAUGAUGUCAGCAGACUGCUUGUUUUUCUGAGUCUAAAAGCAUGCAGAGUUACAGCUUUAGGCUUGAAUACAGUAAGAUUUUGGUAUAUUUAUGGAGGGAUGAGGGGCCCAGGGGGGCUAGAUGGUGGUUUUAACACUAUAGUGAUCCUUUAAGGGGUUCAAUAAUUAAAGGAGGUGGUAACAGUGUGCUGAUCCAAGGAGAUAGCUGAAUGGCAUUUUGGAAUCAUGAGGAAUAUUGUCCCUGAUUGUGGCAAAAUUGAAAAUACUUCAAACCAGGGUUUUUUCUGCAUUUUAUGGAUCAAGCACAGGAAUAGAUUUGUGGACAGUUGAACUUGAUGGACUUUUUUUCCACCUAGGUGACUAUGAGACUUUAUGACUAUAUUAGUGUCCUGGUGUAUUGACCUUUGUUAAAUGAUUUCGCUGCUUGCUGUUAGACCUGGCAUGGCUUGUUUCCCUCUGUCACUCUGUUGGGAACCUGAUAGAAUUUCUUAACCCUUCCCUCACAACAAGGGGUCUGAGCCCUUAAAGCAGGGGUACUCAAACUCUGGCCCCCCAGAUGUUGAUGAACUACAACUCCCAUGAUUCUCUGGCUAUCUAUGUAAUUCAAAGAAUCAUGGGAGUUGUAGUUCAGCAACAUCUGGGGGGCUGGAGUUUGAGUACCCCUGCCUUAAAGUCACCAAAACAACUUUAGCUUAAUGAAGCAGUUUUAGUGAAUAGAUCACCCCAUGCAUUCUCACUGCUCAAUUCUCUGCCAUUUAGGAGUUAAAUAACUUUAAUUAUCCAGCUCUAUUCACACACCCCUGCAUGUGACUUGCACAGGCUUCCUAAUCACUUCCUGUAAAGAGAGAACUAAUGUUUAAACUACAUUUACUACUCAGUCUGAUUAAAUUAUAAUUUCUUAUCUCCUGCCCUGUAAUAGCCUGCUAAAGCCUACAGGAGCAUCAUGUGUGUAAUUAAAGUGCAAGUUACAAAUCAGGUGAUAAGAACUUCUAAAGCAAACACACUGUAAUCCCAGUGAUCUAAUUAAACAUGCAACAAUUUUGUUUUCAUGCAGGCUGUCAGUCACAGCCAGGGGAGGUGUGGCUAGGGCUGCAGAAACAGAAACAAAAGUGGUUUAACUCCUAAAUGGCAUAGAAUUGAGCAGUGAGACUGCAUGACAUGUGCACAGUCGUUAUUCGGCAUGUGCUAAAACCUUAAUAAAAUAACUCUGUGACACCAUUUCUGUUGGAGUAUAAAGUCCACAGCUUUAUUAAAAAUUUUAAUUCAACAAUUUAACAAUUUAGGGUCAUUGUCACAAGUAUUAAUUAUGUCCGACCUUCUUGCCCAAUACCCCCGACAAUGACCCUACCAAAUAACAUUAAUAAAACAUUCCAAUAAUACAUAACGUUUAACCCAUGGCCUACCAAAGAGGCCCCAUAACCAUAUGUUUAACUGUAGGGGUGUACCCAGACACCCCUACACCCCCAGAUUCGUAGCCACCAACGAGCUAGAACCUACAAACCAUUUUCCACUCCGGCAUAGUCCAGCCUAGACCUUGGCCUGCCCACUUCCUAUUCCACCUAAAUCCUCUUUAAUCCAGGCCCUAUUCCCGCCGCUGUGACCAAACGGGAAACUACCUUACCAAACAAGACAACCUAAAACAAAGGGAGGGUGGGAGGGACAAGUAUCAAGUAAGUGUGAUUUUGAUUAAAAAGGCCAGUUCACCAAAAUGGCUGUUAUUUAAACCCUUAUUCUCCUCCCCCCCUGUCCAGACAUUACUUUUCCACACCCCUUGACCUUAACUUCACCUGCCAACUCUCUGGCCCUGUCAAGGCCCACUCCCCCCCUGCGUUGCUCCAUGGGCUUCAGGAGAAUGAACUAUGUACUAAAACUGCUUUUUUAAUCUAAAGUUGUUUUUGUGCUUAGAGAAUCCCUUUUGAACAACAAAAUCCAAAAAUGUAGUAAUAUAAAUAUUAAGACACCCUCUUUAGCGGUCGCCUGUUGGAGGGGCUCCUGCCACACAUGUUAAUUAUAUGGCGGUAUAAAAUAAACCAAAGCCUGAAUACAUGCCGGGGUACGGUACCUAAGAUCGGGGCACCCUUGCGAACCACCUACUACCAGACAUGGGUGCCUUCCACGACCGUGAACCCAAGUUGGCACUCUGCAGCCCGCGUGGAUGGGGUUGGGGAGAGACGGCCGCUUUCCUUGCCCCUACGCCGGGGAUACAGAGCCACUGACUAUCUGCCCCCCCUUUAGGACUGGUGGGGGUGAUCCCGGUCCACCCCCCUGAGGCAGCCCGGUCACGGCCGAUACAGGCUGCGUGUCUGCAAGAACGGCAUCCAGAUACAGAGGCCUGCACAAUGGCGGACGCCACGUGCACAUCAGAUCACUGCGAAGAGAAGCAUGAAUCUCUGACCAGGCUAAAUGCCAUACUUGAUGCCUUCUCCCAUCUGCACGCAAACACACAUGACGGAACCAGGCAACAGAGCCAUGUCGUAGAGAGCUGCAAACUUUCCACAUACCCAGCCUUAAGCCAAGCCUCGCAAUGCAGCCACAGAAAAAACGUUACUCCUCAUUGCCCCGGAUCCGGACACCACCAAAGAAAAUCCAACGGACCCUAAUGGAUUCAGCCACAUUUUUACUCUGUACGCAGACCUCCGUUGUGACGGGCAGGCAGGCCGGACAAAGAACAUCGGAAGAAACAGCAGGGACCUACCCACUAAAUACCCUCACACUACGAUCCAUCCUCUGAAACAACCUCACACUACGAUCCAUCCUCUAAAAUACCCCCACACUAUGAUCCAUCCUCUGAAAUACCCUCAUACUAUGAUCCAUCCUCUAAAAUACCCUCACACUACAAUCCAUCCUCUGAAAUACCCUCACACUACGAUCCAUCCUCUGAAAUACCCUCAUACUACGAUUCAUCCUCUAAAAUACCCUCAUACUACGAUUCAUCCUCUAAAAUACCCUCAUACUACGAAUCAUCCUCUAAAAUACUCUCAUAUUACGAUCCAUCCUCUAAAAUACCCUCAUACUACUAUCCAUCCUCUGAAAUACCCUCACACUACGAUCCAUCCUCUGAAAUACCCUUAUACUACAAUCCAUCCUCUGAAAUACCCUCACACUACGAUUCAUCCUCUAAAAUACUCUCAUAUUAUGAUCCAUCCUCUAAAAUACCCUCAUACUACUAUCCAUCUUCUGAAAUACCCUCAUACUACGAUCUAUCCUUAAAAAUACCCUCAUACUACGAUCCAUCCUCUGAAAUACGUACCUUAACACAACGACUGUCUAACACACCCUCACACAGACUGUCUAAGAUACCUUGUACAUUGACUGACUAACACAUCCUAACACAGACUGUCUAAUGCACCCUCACACAUCGACUGUCUAACACACCCUCACACAGACUGUCUAACACCCCCUCACACAUCGACUGUCUAACACACACUCCCACAUCGACUGUCUAACACAUCCACACAUCGACUGCCUAACACACACUCCCACAUCGACUGUCUAACACACCCACACAUCGACUGUCUAACACACACUCCCACAUCGACUAUGUGACUGUCACGACCAGGGGUCAAGUCCUGGGGAAAAAGGUGUGGGAACUCACCCAAGAUUCCCGCCUCCCCCCCCACCCCCUUAAAAAAUUUUUUUUUUAAAUUACACUCCUAUGCAUAUAGUGCAGUGCAGGGUGUGUAUAAUGAAGGUAGUGUGUUUGUAGUGAAUGCAGAGUAUGAAUAAUAAAUGUAGUGUGUUUGCAGUGAGUGCAGUGUGAAUAAUAAUUGUAGUGUAUUUGUAGUGAGUGCAGAGUGUGUAUAAUGAAUGCAGUGUGUUUUAGUGAGUGCAGUGUGUAUAAUGAAUGUAGUGUAUUUGUAGUGAGUGCAGUGUGUAUAACAAAUGUAGUGUAUUUGUAGUGAGUGCAGUGUGUAUAAUAAAUGUAGUGUGUUUGUAGUGAGUGCAGUGUGUAUAGUGAAUGUAGUGUUUUUUUAGUGAGUGCAGAGUGUGUAUAGUGAAUGUAGUGUGUUUGUAGUGAGUGCAGAGUGUGUAUAAUGAAUGUAGUGUGUUUGUAGUAAGUGCAAAUUGUGUAUAAUGAAUUUAGUGUGUUUGUAGUGAGUGCAGAGUGUGUACAAUGAAUGCAGUGUGUGUAGUGUGUUUGUAGUGAAUGCAGAGUGUGUAUAGUGAAUGGAGUGUGUAGUGAGUGCAGAAUGUGUAUAAUGAAUGCAGAGUGUGUAUAGUGAAUGUAGUGUGUUUGUAGUGAGUGAAGAGUGUGUAUAAUGAAUGCAGCGUGUUCUGGAUGAUGUGUGUGUGCACGCUGGAUGACGUGUGUGUGAGUGCUGGAUGAUGUGUGUGUGUGUGCUGGAUGAUGUGUGUGUGAGUGCUGGAUGAUGGGUGUGUGAGUGCUGGAUGAUGGGUGUGUGUGCUGGAUGAUGGGUGUUUGUGUGAGUGCUGGAUGAUGUGUGUGUGAGUGCUGGAUGAUGUGUGAGUGAGUGCUGGAUGAUGUGUGUGAGAGUGCUGGAUGAUGUGUGUGUGUGAGUGCUGGAUGAUGGGUGUGUGAGUGCUGGAUGAUGGGUGUGUGAGUGCUGGAUGAUGUGUGGGGGGGGGAGCAUUUUUUUUAACUUUAUGUGUUUAUUUUAUUCCCCCCUCCCUGCUUCUUACCUUGUCAGGGAGGGGGGAGAUCGCCUGGUGGUCCGGUGGAGGGAACCAGCCGCUGCACAGAGGGGCCAUCACACGCUGUGUUCCCUCUCCAGCUCUAACUCUCGCGAGACUCGCCUGUGCGGAGCGUUGCCAUGGUAACAGCCGCGGGUCUCGCGAGAGUUAUAGCUGGAGAGGGAACACAGCGUGUGCUGGCCCCUCAGUGCAGGUAGCAGGGCCGGUCCUGCAGGACAGGUAACGGGAACGGCGUUCCUGCUGUGGAAAAAGUGCAGGAACGCCGUUCCCAUGCGUUCCUGCAGGACUCGAGCCCUGGUCACGACACUCCUUAGUUGAUUUGCCCUCGUGCAGUACCCACACUCACCACUAUCACUGUUUGGCACUGUUCCUAAUUUCUUUUCAUUAGCACUUCACCUGGUCCUUGUUUUAGCACCUAUAUAGUCUGGUUUUUCACCUCUCUCCUUGUCAGAUCGGACAAUUUCAGGCAGAAAAAUGACUAAGUCCCAUCGCAGAACGGGACUUAGUCUCUGCGGCUGCAAACUGAGUGGAGGAGAAGGUAAAGGUCAGCGGUGUUCGUUGAAAUGUGUAGCCGAUUUCAGCUCCGUAGAUUUGGCUACAAACACCGCUGACCGCUUUCGGCAGAAUAAAGAUGGCCGCCGCCACGUGUUCGUUUGUACGAAUGGCGGCCACCCAGCGGUCGGCAAUUUACCUACAGCAGGCUCCCAGCCUGGGAGGUAAAUUGCCUGCACACUUCCACUUCUAGGUGGUCCGCCUGUGUAAUACUUGGUUCAGUAAGCCCCAUUUACUGAACCAAGUGGGAGAAAGCCAGGAACAUCGUAUAUUAAAUGUUUGGGGACACUGGGGACACCGUCUUAAAGGGGCAUUGUCCCAAAAAGUCUCAAUAUGCCCACAUACAGUUCUUAAAGGGCCUUUCACAGUCCAAUAGAAGUCCAUACGCUGUGCUUAAAGGGCCAGUAGCAGCACAAUAAAAAAAUCCAUUAUGCCCAAAUGCAUUCUUAAAGGGCAAUACAUCCCAGGGCCGUAGUCACAGGGCAGGAAUGCAGGCAAGCAGCCCCCUCCAAAAACUCAUGGCAAACUCCCUUGAAGGGGUGAGUUUGCUACAAGAGAGAACUUGUACUAUUGCUCAGGAUGGCAGGUUUCUCACAUAUCCUAGAUUCUUGCAACAUUCAUCAAACAUCAAGGAUUGCUGACAAGAUGAAAGUUGUUUUCUUGAAUUCCUGGCUUGUUUGUACUUUUAAGACUGGAUGAUUUAAUGGGGAUCAAACUGAUUAUCAUAUUGGUGGUUCUCAUAUUCUUUUUGAAGACACCCAAACACUACAUCUUCAAACCCUUUAAGUCCAGUCUAACGAAUGCUUUUUCUGGAGACAUUGGAAUAUACAGUAAAAGCAGAAAAACCCCUCAGGGAAAAAACCAUGUGUGACCGUCCGACAAUCGCCCCAAAGCUAUUUACUGUUUAUAGAUUUAUUUCAACUCAAAUCCCCAGCAAGUCAGAAACACCCCCAACACUUGGGCUGAUCGCCUGACCUUCAUCAAGGCUGAUGCAAUAGAAAUCCUUAACCCUUUAUGGACUGAGACAAAUGUACACUUUGUGAUCAAAACAAAACGUAAACAAAACCUGGCAUUUGCGCUACAUGUCUGUUCAGGCGUAAUUCGCCUCUUUCAUAUUAAAUGCACCCACCCUUAUUAUAUAUCAUUUUAUUCAGGGGAAACAGGGCUUUCAUUUAACAUCAAAUAUGUAGGUAUAAGACAUAAUUUAAUAUGAAUAAAAUAUAAAAAAAUGGGAGAAAAUAAGAAUUUUUAAAAAAUGUUUAGUUCUACGUGACAUUCUAACUGUGAGUGUCAUAAUACUGUUUGCUUUUACUGUAAUAAAAUACGUGUUAAACAGUACCCCCUAUGUACAGGUUUUAUGGUGUUUUGGGAAGUUACAGGGUCAAAUAUAGCACGUUACAUUUUUCAGUUUUUUCACAUUGACAUUCACCAGAUUGGUUAUGUUGCCAUUGAGACCGUAUGGUAGCCCAGGAAUGAGAAUUACCCCCAUGAUGGCAUACCAUUUGCAAAAGAAGACAACCUGAGGUAUUGCAAAUGGGGUAUGUCCAGUCUUUUUUAGUAGCCACUUGGUCACAAACACUGGGCAAAUUUAGCGUUAAUACUUGUUUGUGUGUGAAAAAUGCAAAAAACUAAUUUGAACGCCAAUUUUGGCCAGUGUUUGUGACUAAGUGGCUACGAAAAAAGACUAGACAUACCCCAUUUGCAAUACCUUGGGUUGUCUACUAUUGCAAAUGCUAUGCCAUCAUUUUCAUUCCUGGGUAACCAUAGGGUCUCAAAGGCAACGUAACCAAUCUGGCGUAUUUCCAUGUGAAAAAACUGAAACACAAGCCUUAUAUUUGAUGCUGUAACUUUUGAAAACAACAUAAAACCUGUACAUGAGGGGUACUGUAAUACUCAGGAGACUUCGCUGAAUACAAAUAUUAGUGUUUCAACAGUAAAACAUAUAACAACAAUUAUAUCGUCCGUGUAAGUGCAAUUUGUGUGUGAAAAAUGCAAAAUAUGUCACUUUCACUGACGAUAUCAUAGUUGUGAUAUAUUUUACUGUUUUGAAACACUAAUAUUUGUGUUCAGCGAAGUCUUCCAAGUAAAACAGUACCCCCCAUGUAUAGGUUUUAUGGCAUCUUGGAAAGUUAUAGGGUUAAAUAUAGUGCCAGCAAAUUAAAUUCCCUGGACUUUCGGCCUGGGUUGUCAGGCAGGUCCUGCAAAUUGUAAUUAAUAAAAUUACCUAAUUAUGUAAAAUUAUUACAUAAGUAUAUACGUAGAAUUAUUAUAUAUAUACCUGUUUUUAUAUAUGUGUGUGUGUGUGUAUAUAUAUAUAUAUAUAUAUAUAAGAAACCAAGAGGGCUGCACUCACCUGAACAUGCAUACAUUAUAGGGUGCUGCUGGGGCCAAAAUAUACAAAAUACAGAAUCCAGCGCACUCGCUUAUUCACUAAACAAUGAUUUCAAAAACACCUCACCUAGGCAAAAAAUAAUGGGGGUUUAGUUACAUUAUAUGAUCAUACAUUGCAUAAGCCUGCCACAACGUCAAAGUACCCCAUAUUCGGCAGGUCCUACUCUAGCAGCCUAAUGCUUGCUCUUAUGAGAUUAGUCCACUUACUUGGGAAAUACUUCCUUACUGGGACUCUCUGCAAGUCAAGGCUAAAUAGGGUCCUGGAAUGAGGCACCUGUGACAUGGAGGGGUGCAAUUUGGGAGUCCCAGGCCAACUCCUUGGUUUUGCACUCCUCCCUGUCACAGGUGUCUAAGAUUUGAAAUCAUUGUUUAGUGAAUAAGCGAGUGUGCUGGAUUCUGUAUUUUGUGUAUAUAUAUAUAUAUAUAUUUUUUUUUUUUAAAUUAUUUUUAUUUAUAUAUAGCUAUAGAUAUAGUGAUAUAUACGUAUAUACUUAUGUAUAUAGAUAUAUAUUAUUUCGUUCUACGUGUAUUUUGAUAUCAAUAUAUAUAUAUAUAUAUAUAUUAAUUUUAAAAUACAGUUAGAACGAAUUUACACAUAUAUUUUUUAUUUUUUUAUUUUAUUUUUUUACAUAUUUACAUAUUUAUAUAUUUUAUAUUAUAUUUAAAUAUAUAUAUAUAUAUAAUAAUAAUGAUAUAUAUUUAAUCAAUAUUAUUCUACGUGUACUUUGAUGUUAAUAUAUAUAUAAAUAUAUAGACAGAGUAUGUGUAUGUUUGUAUAUGUGUGUAUAUAUAUAUACUUAGAUCAUAUAUAUAAUAGAUAUAUAUGAUCUAAGUAUAUAUAAUUAAAUUUUACACUGUUUUAAACUGUAUUUAAUUUUUUUUCAGACAGCAGGGGGAGUACCUGUCAUUGCUAUGGACGGCUAUGCCGUCUAUGUGAUCGCGAGGUCCUCGCAAGGACCUCGUGAUCACAUGGCCCACGGGGCCAAAGAGGGCUGAGGGGGAAUCCCUGGGCUCCCAGGUAAGUCCCCAUACCCCAAUCGCCGGCGUGUGAUUGCCGGCGACCGGGUAAGUACCCUGGACGGCAGGGACCUGCCAACCUUUUAGAGCCGGUUCCCUAAGGACGGCAUAGCACGCCCGCCGUCCUUAAGGGGUUAAAGGGCAAUGGUCAAUUACUGGGAUUUUUAAAAAUAUAUAUUUGCUGGCUUCCGGUUCUGCCGCCAUCUUAGCUGGCCGCGUUUUACAAUGUCUCCAAGCCGUGCACCGUAAUUGGGUGCCAUCCAGCCCUGUAAAGCCGCACAGAUCUACCCCACACGAAAAAGAGGUGUUGUGGCACCCUGAUCUAUGCGGGGGCUGCUGUUUGGAGCCUCGGCAGGACUCACUGGACCUCGGAAACACCGCGAGGGACGGACGGAAGUCAAGGCCUAUGUAAUAUGCUGAAAAGUUCAGCCUGUUCUCGGGUUCCCACCUUCACCAGAGGAUUGUGGCCUCACGACCCCGACCGCCACUGGGGAGCUGAGGUGCCUUACGGAAAAAAGGGGGGAGCCGGCGGAGAACUGCAGAAAAGCAACCUCUCACAAAACACACUGGCACAGAGCCAAACCAUGAUUCCCUGCCAUUUUGGGCAGCACUCAGCAGACUCUCCAUCCCUGGUGCAGCCUGUGCCACUCUAAAGAGCUAUUGCAAGCAAAGAGCAGCUCAAGCAUUAACACACAAAGUGGGGACACAGCUCUGACUCUCUCCCAUACUCCACAUAUAAUACUGGACAGGCCCUAAUGUAAAUAGCUCUUUUCAUAAAUUAGAUUGUUUUUAUUAUUAAUUCUUGCCACAUCAGUUGGCCUUUAUCAUCACUGCUCCUCUGCUCACAUAAGCUUUCCAACUAAGAUCCUGCAAAUCUGUUUGCCCUCUGGCAUCAUUUACAACCAAUAUUCCAACGUCUCUAUUUGGCCUCAAACGGUUAACCUGCAUAAAGCAGACAUGGCAAAGAAGAGGCCUGUUAGGGAACCUCUCCUACUUCACAACAAAAAUCGCAACUUCUCGCUGUUUAAGCUACUCAAACAUCCCAAACCGCUCAUUUCAGAGGGCUAUCAACAACCGCUGUAGAGGCCUAACACUGACGCUCCUACAACUGUGGUGUCGCAACAUGAGGGAUAACCUAUAAAAUAUCUAAGGGACUGAGCUUUUUACACACCUACCACUCCUACCUACCUAAAGCCACUACAUACCAAGGCAUCACUAUGCCAGGUUGGUGUCAAACAACAAGGCAACUGGCCCUGGCUGAUGAAAAGACAACACAGCAACUAGCCACCUCAGGCACCUCAUUUAAAAUCCAGACGGUUUUCUUACCUGCUCCCCUCUUUAACCCCCUUUUCUCCUACUAUUCUUUUCCCCCACUUAUAAACUUUGCUCCACUUCUCCCUGCGAGUAACAUUGCACAUAUCACUUACCUGUUCACACAUACCUGACAACAGCGCUCAUUCAUCUCUAGGUACACAAACAAAUUCUGAAUUUCACUUACUGAACCUCCACGUCAACACUUUUCCAUCUACUGCCAUACGACUUCACACCAUCCACCAUCUCAGUUUGCCACACGCUUACCUUCUGCUCCUACCUAAUCUCCUCCCAAGUUAUUUCUGACUUUGCUCCACCGUCAUGGACAAAUUCAUAGACAAAGCACCUUCUAAAAGAUCAAGGAAAACUACAAAGACUGCUGAAGAAGCCACAUCUCAAAGAACCUACAUUACUUUCAACUCCACAUCUCUCUCCAAGCCACUCCUGUAUCAUGACAAGCAGUGGAGACUUCACGAGAAGUCUCCAAUCUACUCAAACCAGUUUUUGAAACACAAUUUAAAGACCUCAAAGUGUCCAUAGAUUAUGCUCUACAUCUCCUACAAGCUCACUCAUCCUAACUCAUGCUCUUAGAAACAAGACAAAGCACAACAGAAGACAAGCUUCAUCAACUACAAUCCACAAUUAAGCAACAGCAUACCACAUUAACACCCCUGCAAGAUUGGAUGACCUAGAAAACAGAAGCCACCAAAGCAACCUUAAAUUUGUUGGUUUCCCAGAAACCUUGAGAUCCCCUGACAUAAUUCCUACUCUACAAACUUGGAUCCAAGAUACUCUACAAAUCACAACCACCUCAGACACCCUUCCUGUCAUUGAAAGGGCACACAGACUUGGGCUGGACAGACCAGGCAAAGAGUCAAGACCCAUGCCAAUUAUAGCAAAAAUUCUUAAUUAUCAUAACACAGUGAGUAUAUUAGCAGCUUAAAAAUCCUCAAAUAAUCCCACUUACCAAGACAACAAAAUCUUGAUAUUCAAGGACUACUCUGCUCAAGUCACUCAGAGACGAAAAGCAUUCACUCCCAUAUGUUCAAUGCUAUAUAGAAAAGGCAUACAGUUUGCCUCUACCCAGCCACUUUUCGCCUACAAAUUGCCAAUCACACCCUCUCCACUUCGUCAGUGGCUGAAGCCUCAAAAUUCCUACAAGAUGUCAUGCCGGGUUGGGAUAAGGGCUCAUCCAGCCGGCCUGUCCAUCCCAUGCCUGAUUACUAAGAGAGCUACAGUAAUCUCAAUUUCCUAAUCUUUUAGUUUCAACCAUUGUACAUAAGUUGGCCCAUUGGGCCCUGUUCAUGCCAGUAUCGUAAACUGCCCCAUCUGCCUUCACACCGGGACUUACCUGUCUGCUCGAGCUGGGACAGACGGAAUCCCACUACAACGCAUCAACAUGUCUUCCGCUAGGCACCAUGCCGAGGAGUCGACUGAACAAAAAUGUCUCAAUCAACUCAACACAACUAUGCUUCUACUCUCAAGUUCCUCUCCUGGAAUGUAGGGAGCAAACACACCCAUCAAAAAAAAGAAGAUACUCACCUACCUGACUAAACAUCAAGCCCAAAUUACAUUACUGCAAAAAACUAAUUUGUUACUUCUGAAGCUACUCAACUCAAGCCCCCCUGGAUCCAGGCCUGUAUUGCAGAUUUAAAGCUGGACCUGUAGUUGUGGGAGAGGCUUGGGUCCCCUUUAUAAGGGCAUCUAAUCCUCUCCCACUUUACCGUGGUUGAUCUGGCAAGUUACCCCUCCCACCACUCCCUUUAGUCACAUCACCUAAGGUGGGCCCUCUUUAUUACAGGCCUAUUGCCUUGUCGGUUCCGGCACACCACAACCGACUGGUAUUAUUAACUAUAAUGUUUAUUACUAAUUAUAUGUUAUAUAACCAUUACGGGAAUAUUGCCCCGACCACAAAUAAAUAUUCGAAAACCAGAGGGGUGGUGAUCUUGUUGCACUCUAAUUUGCAAUAUGUUGCUCAAGAUUGUGAUAUAGACCCCGAAGGCCGCUAUAUCUUCCUAUGUCUUACCAUCGAUGCUACUUGCCACUGUAUUGUAAAUGUAUACGCUCCAAAUGCAUGUACUUAACCCUUUUUCAUCAAACUUCUAACCCUACUUGCUCAAAUCGACAUUAGCCAAAUAAUAAUUGGGGGUGAUUUUAAUACUGUUCUUUUUUUUUUUUUUUACUUUAUUUUUGCAACGGUAUUGAGUAGACAAUGUGAAAGAUUUGGCUCGUGCAAGAGCUCAAUGGCGUUCCAAGAGGUGAGUUUAGUACACAAACAUGCCAAAGUACAUGUGAGAAAUGUCUCAGGUAAUGACAUCAUUGCUACUUUCAUCCGUUGUUAUUGUUUCAACAAGAGUAGUGAACAUCACUUUAAACAAUAUGAAAAGUAAACGAAGAAAAGAAAUGAAAAAGUAAGAGAUAACUAAACUGCGGGCCGGGAUACCGGUCGUCUCGGCCCAACGGUGGUGGUCAGGGUGGGGGGUGUAUGGGCAAGGUGGGGUGGGGGGGUUAUACUUCAGUCCGUUGUUUGUGUUUGCGUCUCCUUUCUGCUAUUUGGUCUUUAUUGGUCACUGUAGGUCUCCCACGGUUCCCACGUCUUAUGGAAAGCUUUGGUUGUGUCCCUAACUUGGGCCGUGAGUUUGUCCAUAAGAUGGCAUUCUUUAAUCUUAUUGAUCACUAUUGCUACUGGGGGGAUGUCUUGUUGUAACCAGGUUUGGGCUACUGCUCUUCUGGCCGCUAAGGUUAUUUUGUUAACUAGUUGUUGGUUUGGUUUGGGCCAACCCUCCUGGGGUCUGGCCAACAGGAACGCCCAUGGGUUAAGUGUCACUGGCCUAUCUAAUAUUUGGGUUAUUAGGGUUUGAAUGGCCUUCCAGUAGAUUUGAAUCUUAGGGCAGUGCCACCACAUAUGGGUAUACGUCCCUCUCUCUCCGCAGUUGCGCCAGCAGAGGUCUGUGGGUGUUUUUUUCAUAUGGUAUAAUUGAACAGGGGUGGUAUACCACCUGAACAUCGUUUUGUACGCCUGUUCUUGCAUUGUGACGCAAAUGGAAGUUUUGGCGUUUGCCUGCCAUAUAUCCUGCCAGUCUAUGCCUUCUAAGGUUUCCCCAAGAUCGGUUUCCCACUUGUCAGUGUAGUGGAGGGCGCCCCAUUCCCGCGUGGUGGAGCAGAGGUGGGAGUACAGGAGGGAGAUCAUUCCCUUUUGGUAGCGUUCGGCCAGGCAUAUUUUUUCAAAGAAUGUCGGUUUAGUUGUGGCAGCUAUUUUGACAGACUCUUGGGUAGCAUAGUGUCUUAGCUGGAGGUACCUAAAGAAAUCUGCAGGGGUCAGGGUUGUUCUGGUUUGUAAUUCCGCGAAAGGGAUUAUUUCGUGUCCUGUGUAGAGUUGGUGAACUCUUUGUAGGUCCGCUCUUUCUAAGCCCCUGAAGUCUCUAGGUCUCGUGCCCGGAGCAAAUGCCCUAUUUCGGUAUAUGGGGGUGAGGGGGGAGGACGUUGUUGUUAGUUCAUAUUUUAUGGCAUAUUUGUCCCAAAUGUGGAUCGAAUUCGUGAUGGCUGGCAGGCGGUCCUCAAGAGUGCUCUGUGCUCUUUCGGGGUCCAUAUGUAGAACUGUGGAAGGUCUGAUUUCAUAAUCAGAUAUUCCAGGUCAACCCAUCUCCUGGUUUCUGGAGGGGUAUGCCAUAUUGCUAUUUGUGUCAAGUGGGCUGCAAUGUAGUAGAAAUGUAUGUGUGGUAGACCUAAUCCCCCUCUGGUUUUGGGGCGGUAUAGAAUGUUACGGGCUACUCUAUGUGUUUUGUUGUGCCAAAUAAAGCGGUCAAUGGCCUGUUGUAAUGGCUUUAGGUCGUGUUUCGUUAUGGGGAUGGGCAAGGCCUGGAAUAGGAAAAGGAUAGGGGGUAGGAUGUUCAUCUUCACCGAGUGUAUCCUCCCGAUCCAAGAUAUAGGUUUGUCCGCCCAGGUCUCCAUGUCAGUUAUGAGUUUAGUGAUUAUUGGGGAGUAGUUAAGUUUGUGUAGCUUCGUGAGAUCCGCCGGCAGUUUUAUGCCGAGGUAGGAGAGGUAGGUCGGUGUCAUGCGUAUGUGGUAGUCUGACGUGAUUCGGGUGGUCUCAUUUUGUGUGAGAAAUAGUGGGAGCGCGCUGGAUUUCUCCAUGUUGACUUUGUAGCCUGAUAUUGCACUAUAGUUCCGCAAGAGGGGCAUUAGUGCGUGCAUGGAGUGUAUGGGGUUAGUUAAUGUGAUGAGGACGUCGUCCGCAUAUCCGGACACUAGGAACUCUUGGUCUGUUAUCUUUGCCCCCGUAAUUUAGGGGUGUUCUCUGAUUGCCUGUAGAAGGGGUUCAAGUGUUAGGACAAAAAACAACGGGAAUAGGGGGCAUCCUUGUCUAGUACCGUUAUAUAUGUUGAAUCGUGGGCUGUUCGACCCGGUCAGCUGUAUUUGGGCUGUCACGUCCGUGUAUAGCGCCCGUACUGCCGUGAUGAAGGUGGGGGGUAAGUUUAAGUGUUCCAGCAGCGUGAACAUGUAUGGCCAGUUCACCCUGUCGAACGCUUUUUCAGCGUCUAGGGAGAGGGCUAUCGCUGGUGUGUUGGUUGUAGUGAGUGUCCAUAUUACGUCUAUAUUUGGUCUUGUAUUUUCAAAUAGCUGUCUGCCGGGAACGAACCCGACCUGGUCUGCGUGAAUGAGGUGUGUGAGGUGCAGGUUUAGUCAUGUCGCCAGUAUUUUUGCCCGAAUUUUACUGUCAUGGUUUAUUAGUAAAAUGGGUCUGAAUGCCUCUGGUAGAGUGUGGUCCUUGUCUUGUUUAGGUAGAAGUAUGAUGUGUGCUUGUGUCAUGUCUUUGGUAGGCGGGGUUCCCUCAAGUAAUUCGUGGAAUAGGGUUUCCAUGUGUGGGAGCAAUUCUUCGCGAAAGGUUUUGUAAUAGCUUCCCUCGUAGCCGUCAGGGCCCGGGUCUUUGUUGCUCUUUAGGGAUGAUAUGGCCAGAUUGAUUUCGUCUUUGGUGAUUGGGGCUGAUAGUUCCUCUAUGGCUGCAGUAUGGAGUUUGGGUAGGUUGAGGCGUGUUAAGAAUUCUGAUGUUCUCAGGCAAGCCGCUGGAGUGGGUGUAGAGCCUUGAGGGGUGUGGUUGUAUAGGGCUUCAUAAUAGGAGGUAAAGGUCUGCGCUAUCUUUGUUGGCGUGGUUUUCAUGGUGCCAUCGGGGGCUCGUAUGGACGUAAUGUGGGGGCGUUGCGUUCUGGGGUGGAGUGUACGGGCCAACAGUGUGUCCAUUUUAUUCGAUUUGUCGUAAUACGUCCGUUUAGUCCAUGUGAGUGCUCGCGCUGUGUCGUUUAUCAGCAGCUGCCUGAUGGAGAGGCGCGUGUCGUGUAGGUGUUGUAAUGUUUGUGGGUUCGAGUCUGUUUUGUGGCGCUGUUCUGCUUUACGGAGAGUAUCUAGUAGCUGGGUGAGUUUUUGGGUUUUCAAUUUCUUCCUAUGCGUCGCUAUUUUGAUGAGGUGUCCUCGAAUGACGGCUUUGUGUGCUGCCCAAACUACAGUCAUCGGGACGUCUGGCGUCAGAUUUUCUGUGAAGUAUGUUUGUAACUGUGUUUGUACCUCUGCUACAACUAGUGGGUCUUUUAGAAGGGAGGUGUUGAGCCUCCAUGUCCAUGGGGUGGGACUGUGUAGGCCUUCCAAAUAGAUUGCAAUGUCUGCGUGGUCUGACCAGGCAAUGGAGCCUAUUUCUGUUUUUUGGGUUUUAGUGAAGCCUAUUUGGUUGGUCAGGAAAAUGUCAAUGCGUGAGUAGGUGUCGUGGGGGGGAGAAUAGUAGGUAUAGUCUUUGUGACUGGGGUGCUGUGCCCUCCACGCGUCUAUAAGUCCCGUUUUAUGAAUGAAGUCAUUGAGUUGUUUAUCCUGUCCUCCCUUGCCGUGGGAUCUGGCCAGUCCCGGGCGCGAGCUUCUGUCAGCUGCUGGGGAGGGGGUGGCAUUUAGGUCGCCUCCUAGAAUGACCACUCCAUUGGGUAGUGACAGGACUUUGUCAGCCAAUUGGUUCCAGAAUUGUGGGGAGGGGGUGUUGGGAGCGUAGAUGUUGAUUAGAUGUAUGGUUUGUGUGUAGAUUUGGCCUGUCGCUAUUAUGUAUCUGCCCUCUGGGUCGUUUUCUACGUGGCUGAGGUGUAUAGGGCAUCGUUUGUGGAUGAGGAUAGUUACCCCGUUUCGUUUUUGGAAGGCUCGUGCCUCAGCAGCUACACGGUAGGUAUGGUCGCGGAGGGAGACCUGGGCGGAUCUAGGUAGGUGCGUCUCCUGUAGGUACGCGAUGUCUGGAUUAAGUCUUUUCAGUUCCCUAAAAAGCGUGCGUCUCUUGGGUGGGGCGUUGAGGCCCUUAACAUUGAGUGAGGAUAUUUUUAUUGCCAUGGUGUUAGAGUUAGAGCGACUCCGAUGAUGUAGAGACGUAUGGGGUGUGGCUCGGGGGGUGGCCCUCUUCCACCUCUGCUCACCCUUCUCUCUGCGUCAGUGGGGUUCCCGUGGGAGGGUGUUGUCUUAUCUAUUAGUGACCGAGGUGUUUGUAAAGUAUGGGUCGAUUUGCAGUUUGGAGACGUGUAGAGUGGUAUGCGGGGGGGGGUGGGAUAGGGGGUGAGGGGUCCAAGGGGGGUACAGGUGUACCCAUCUGGUCUUAUGCCUUGCCAGACUGUGGGGGGGAUACUUGGAUCCUUGCCUCCUUCAGGACUGUUUCCGCCUGAGGGGUCUGGGUCAUGAACCAAUUCACCGGGGGUGACCCCCAUACCAUGAAAGUAUUUUGGAAUGAUAUGCCAAGUGUCUCUAAUGUCUGGAGCAAUUUGUGGGUAUUGAUUUCCCCGUUUUUAGAGGGCUAGGCUGCCGUGCUUUUGGCUGAGGGGGGUGGAACCUCAUGGGUAAGUUCUACCAUGGCCCCGUGUUUGAAGUUACAAGUUGGAGGGGGAGGGUGGAGAGGAAUGUCCCGUCUCAUUGGGCUCUCAGAAUUGGACAUGGUACUGUGUAAGUGCCGGCGGGUACCCUAGGGCGCACUUAGUGUGAGUCCCUAAUGUGCAGGUGGUCUACUGGAGGGGAUGUACGCUGGAAGCGCUGGGGGGGGGAUUCCGUAGUCUGUCUACCUCGCAGUAAGGUGACGUAUCGCCCGCAAAUGUACUUUGGGAGGUGGAGCCACUGCUGUGUGUAGCCUUGCUCCGUCUGUUUAAUGCUGUUCUUGACCAUCUUCUAGGCAGAUCCCCAACGGGUUCCUCGUCUCCCACAGACAGUGACCGUGCCCUCACACACCUGACCAGCUCCUGUAAUUUACAUGACCCAUGGAGGACGGAGAGGGACUACACAUUUCACUCCCCAGUACACGACUCUCUAUCUAGGACUGACAGGUUUUUAGUCACCUCAGCAGCACGGCCCCAUGUAAUCAACGUUACGAUAGAUACAAUAGUGGUCUCGGACCAUGCACCUAUCACGGUAAAGAUACAAAACCCAACAUCCUGCCCUUUCACUGCACACUGGAGUUUCCCAGCAUAUUUUACUAAUAAUCUGUCUUUCCAAAGUCAUCUCCAGGCCAGUUGGGCUAACUUUAUCAAUGACAAUCUGGAACACACGGAUGACCACAGACUAUUAUGGGAAACGUCCAAAGUGGUCUUGAGAGGAAAAAAAAUCUUAUUUGCUGCAUCAGCUAAAAUGGCAUGGAAACAAGACUUUACCUCCUUAGAAAAUGUUCUCAAACAGGCACACAUGCAAAAUAUAACUGACCCCACCGAUGACCACAAACAACUAUACAAAGAAGCACAAAAUUACCUUAACACAUUCGUGCUAUCACCUCACCAGAUGGCACUAGAUGCACGUCUCAUGAAUUAAUAAAUACAUUUUUUUAUGAUUACCAUAGAAAUUUAGCAAAGGCCCCACUGGACAAUCAUGCCUAGCCCUCCCCCAAAUUGAUGAGGAGGCCAGGGAGCUCCUGUGUGAACCUAUCAUAGAGGAGGAAAUACACAGAGCAAUCAAAACACUGAUAUCUGGGAAGGCACCUGGCCCAGAUGGUCUCACAGCAGAAUACUACAAUUCCCUAAAACUCCAAAACAGUCCCACCCUCAAAUACCUAUUUAACCAAACAUAUCUUGAAGGUCUACCAAUAGACACUCUCAAUCAGGCCCGAGUCAUUCUUAUCCCCAAACUAGACAGAGAUGCAGAAGCCUUGGACUCCUAUCAACCAAUCUCACUACUCAAUCAAAAUGUUAAGGUUUUCACUAAAAUCAUAGCAAUGAAAAUCCAAACGCUCCUACCUAUCUUACCGCAUUGGUCGAUAGGAGUUCAAUUACCGCUUAGUUCAAUGACCGAGUCAUGGCCUUGAGGCCGUCUCAGUGCCCUUGAUUUAUGGUGCCAUAUGUGAGCUCUCCGAUUGUGCGGCUUGCCAGUGUGGAGUUGGCUUCUUCGUGGGUGCCAUGCAGGCACACUGCCGCGAUGUGGCAUAGUGCUUGCCGGCGAUGUCAUGCAGCUCGGUGCUUGGAGGAUCCGUGGUCGGACACUUCUCCACGUGGACGCUGGAUAGAUAGGCAGCUUCUUCAGCAUCUUUCACCUGUGUGGUAGGUAUAGUGGGGUGGGUGGCCUUAUGCGCCUCCAGAAGUCCUGGCAGAUGUGGUCAAACUGGGCUUCAAAGCGCUCCCUCCGUGUUUGUAUUUCUGGGCUUUCUCGUGACUGCAGGGGUAGUUGUUCGGCAGCCAUAUUGGGCCCGACCCGACAUGCGGUCUGCGGUCCAACCGAGGAGUUUCAGGAUUUAAGCCCAUUGGUUUCCCCAAUGCAGGUCGCCAGUAGAGCUGCUGCUUCUUGCGAUCCCUAUGGGGGAAUACCAGCCACCUCUCCUGGCUAGUAGGCCUCCUUCCAUGCUAGGCUGCUUAUGUGGAGUGACGAUUUUUGCUUCUGAUUUCCAUGAGGAGGGUAUUCCCGGAUCUCACUCGUUCCAGCACUUCUUUUUAGUUGAGCUGGGUUGCUUAUAACAAGAUUGUGGCAUAUAUUAGCCUAUAUAAUGCAGAGUUUAUGCCAAAGCUCUCUUCAGGCACUUCUGGCUAGCUUGGCUGUCAGGCCCGCCCCGGGUCAAAGGUUUUCAACGCUGACGGAGGUGCGGGGGCAUUUCCCGGGCCUUCCAACCCCAUUGUUUGCAUACCUCCAGGUGCGGCACUACUACUACUACUCUAUCACUCAAACUUUCAAGAAGCGGAUUGAGAGAACCCAUUAGACACCAUGCUGUGCUCCUGGACACGAGCCACUUAUUCCACAUCUAAACUCUAUAUGUUCAUACGAUACACUCCAGACUGGACUGGUCUUCAUAACUCCUACAGACAUCGUGAGGGCGCACCAAACCCAAUGCCAAAUCCUGCCUAUCAUCGCUUACAGAGACAUGUUUCUAAAGACCCUACACUAUGCCUAUUAUUCCCCACACAGACUACAUCUAAUGGCUAGGAAAGACUCAACGACCUGUUUCAUUUUUGACUGAGGUGAAAAUCUGGAGUUCUUGCUCUUGGGACCUAUUCCGGGUCAACCCCUAACUAAUAAAUUAUUCCUCCUCAUAACAGCAACUAUUGGUCUGGAACCAGCUGAAUGCUCCCACUCUACAAUUAUUUUUAUCUAAACUCCAAUUUUUUUCCAAAAUGGAUUGGUUAGCGACACUAACCAACAAAGAAAUCCUUGCCAGGAAAUGUAUCCUGACCUAGAGAUUGUAUAUUUUAUCUAGAAUACACAGCAUGGUUCUCGGCAGAAGUGGUGGCCAGACAAGACCCUUUACAAAUAACAUCUCAUUAAACAACAAAGGUAGCUAAAAAUAUUAGCUAUUCCCACAUACUAUUAGCUUGCACUUCCUGCUUAAUUGCUGCCACCCAGUUAGUCAGGACUUCAUCACUCGCAUUAUAUUUGAACUAUUGUUGUUACUAAAAUGCAAAAAUGUGCUGCUGUUCUACAUGCCAUGGUGUAUUACUUGUUUAUACUACGCUUGAUAUCGCUGCUGUGGCACACUUAGCAUAUCUGUUGUUAAUUCAUAAAUUGUGCAGUUCCUCUAAAUGUCAUGACCAUAUUUAAUACCAUUUGUUAUUGCUGUGCUUGUUACAAGCUCUCUGUGUCAUCAUUUGCACAACAAAAAUAAAGGGGGGGGGGGGAGAUAUAUAUAUAUUUGCUUGUCCCAUUAAUUUAGCAAUUAUGUGUUUAUGAUAUUUAUGAUAAAUUAGAUGUACAGAUCUACACAGCUUUAUUUAGCUCUUUCCUCUAUCCUCUUCCUCUAAUGCAAUGCGUGCCAGGCUGUGCCAGGACUGAACCGGAUUGGGAUUCCAAUAGCUAUAUCUGCAAUAUACAUUUAAAAGAAAUCUCCAAAGAAGUGACGGUUUCCCUUUAACUGAAGGAGAUUUCGAUUGCAAGGAACACCCGUGCCAUUGGUAAUUAAUAUGAAUGUAUUUGCCCAGUUGAGUAGCACAUAUCCUCGGUUCGCUCAGUUAUAGGGGUGAGAUGUGACAACUAAUUAUUACUUUGCAGAUCUUCAGGGCAAUGGAUCCUACAUCCUUCAUAGAUUAUUCAAGAGUGGAAGCAUACGCAGUGAUAUUUUUAUCCCAUAAUGCUGUCAAUGCAAGGCACACGCUGCCAUCGUCCUGGUGAAACCAAGCACGGCAUGUCCUGAUUGUGGGAUACGUUUUAUUUACAAUGACAUAUUCUAUCUUUAUCAGCCAUCACUGCUGUCCAAACAUGGAGAUGCUCAUUCUGAAAUCCACGUCUGUGUUAGCUGCACCAAAAAGGUCUGGCUUUAAGCAAUGGGAAUAUUUUAAAGUAAAUAAGACCCUUCCCACCAUAAUCUCCAAAUUGAGCUGUAGCAGCAAUGCCUGGAGGGUCCCUUUAAUGGAUAUUUAUGAGAAGUCAUGUAGGUACCUGCCGUAAUAACAGGACAUGCAAUAAAGUAGUGCUAAUUACUUGCACUGGCAGUUUUAAUGGAACACUCCAGGCUCCAUAACCACAACAACAUGUAAUACAGUUUGACAGUGUAUCUGAUACCCCCCGGGUUCCGGUCACCUCCUCCAAGUGAGCUGAACUCCAUCAGGCCAGAGAAGCCAGGCAGCCCUGCACUACAGGACUUAGCUGAGGGGAGCCAAUGGACAUGCCAUGCAGGUUUAUGGCUCCCCUGGAGUCUGUGAUCGAUGCCUGGCGGAUCCCAGAUAACUUAUCAAACUGUUUGCAAAGUUUGACACUAUGAUGACACCAGGGUACUACUGGCACUAUAAGCACUACAGCACGCUGUAUCGGUUAUGGUGCUUGGAUUGUUCCAUUAACGAUGAACGUGGUAAGCUAAAAAUAUAAACAUAAUCAGCUUUUAAAAUGCACUGCCCUACAGAAGGCAUGUUCCACGUGUUUUACUAUAACCUAUUUUAAUUAAUGUAACAUUUGUCAAAUAGUGUACAAUUCAUCCAGGGUAUACAGAGAAUAUAACACAUUGAUAAUUAUUUCACCUUACCCAUGAGCUUAUAACCUGUCUAUACAAAGUACAAAGCCAGAUUGAUUGAAUUGGCUAAUUACAAACUGCAAGGCGAUUGCAUUAGUUUUAUCAAAUAUUUCUAAUACGAUUAGAUUAACAUUUUUGGUGACAUUUCCACUUUUAAAUAAUAAAACGUAUAGUAAAACAUAAAUGACUAAUUUAAUUUGCCUUCAACCCACUCAGGUGACACUCACCCAGGAAAUAUCUGCCACAUUCUCUUUAUUCUAAGUUGAAUGAGUAACAAAUGUUUCCUAUCUAUAAGAGAUUUCAUGAAAAAGUCCCAUAAUCACUGAAUUUCAGCCUACCUCCCCGCUUUACUGCCAUGCUGCUGUUAAAUCCCUUAGUUCGGUAAAUUAACCUGGGAACAGUUUUUUUGGCAGGAAAGUGCUUAAAGGACCACUAUAGUGCCAGGAAAACAUACUCGUUUUCCUGGCACUAUAGUGCCCUGAGGGUGCCCCCACCCUCAGGGACCCCCUCCCGCCCGGCUCUGGAAGGGGGAGAGGGGGUAAAACUUACCUUUUUCCAGCGCUGGGCGGAGAGCUCUCCUCCUUCUCUCCUCCUCCGAUCCGCCCCGUCGGCUGAAUGCGCACGCGCUGCAAGAGCUGCACGCGCAUUCAGCCGGUCACAUAGGAAAGCAUUCAUAAUGCUUUCCUAUGGACGCUGGCGUGCUCUCACUGUGAAAAUCACAGUGAGAAGCACGCAAGCGCCUCUAGUGGCUGUCAAUGAGACAGCCACUAGAAGAUUAGGGGGAAGGCUUAACCCAUUCAUAAUUAUAGCAGUUUCUCUGAAACUGCUAUAAUUAUGAAAAAAUGGGUUAACCCUAGAAGGACCUGGCACCCAGACCACUUCAUUAAGCUGAAGUGGUCUGGGUGCCUAGAGUGGUCCUUUAAUAUCAGUGGCUCUGCUCUUCCACAUUUUUAAUCUCUAGGAGACAACGCAGUACCUUGCAAACUACAAUUAUCCUUAAUAAGGCUCCUGCUGUAUGGAGAGGCUAGAAAAUUGGCUGCAUAUAUAUAGAGCCAUCGCAAAAAAUAAAAUAAAGUUUGCAGUACUGUUAAAGUUAUACAGAUAAGACAAAACAGAAAUUUCACACUAUUUAACCAUUCGAAUACCAGAACAGUGACCAUCCACAUAUGAACGUCAGGAUAAUGACAUAGAAUUCCUAUUAUUUAAAAUACUUUGAAUUCACCAAAAGAUAUAACCUGAUUUACCUCGCACCACAACUAGAUUUUUAAGGGAACUUUACACUGAUGUGUGAUGUGUUUCUUUUAUUUGCUAAUUUUAUAUCUUCCUGAUGUAUAUCACAUGCAAUUUUAUUAUUUUUAUUUUUGGAAAUACCCCUUUAAAUCUCCCAUGACAUUCAACCAAGCCGAGAAAGUGGAUGUUUAUUCACUACGUGUUAUAUGAUAUUCAUGCAUCUACAAGGGCUUUGACUUUGAAUGCUUCUCUGUUCCUUAUCUCUGUACGCCUCCAUGUUUUAAACUUCGCACCCAUAUUUAUAAAUUUGACACUCAGAAAAUUUAGCAAGCCUAAGACAUUGUUCCUGCCAAGAACUAAGAUUUAUUUGUGAGAAUCAAAUAUAAAUGAACUCACAUAGUCCUUUUUAAAGAAAAACUUUAGAAAUAAUUAUAAUUUUUUACAAUGUAACCUUGUUCCGGAGGUGAAGGGAGACUUCACACAAUGACACGAAUGAUGUUCAGCUUUGGGUCGUUUCAUGAUUACGACCCUGUUCUCCAUUUACCAAGUCUAAAAAAUUAAAGGGGGGACAAGCCCAGAAGCUUGUGAUUCUAAAGCAUAACAAGAUACUGCAAUAAUCUUUUAUUUUUUUAUUGAAUCACGUUUCCAUACUACCGUAUUUUCCAAAAUAUCUAAACUUUUAAGGAAAGGUAAAUAAAAAUAAAAGAAAUGAUGUGAAACAGUUUGAAAUCUUUUUGAAUUCUCAUUAAAAAGUCAUUAUUUUUAGGAGUACUUAGGAAAUCGUUAAUAUUUGCUUUGGGGCAAAGCACAAAGAAUAAACACGUACCCAUUAAAAUCACUUUGAUUUUACGCAUGCUGAUUUUGUAAGCAUUAGGGAAAGAAAUUAAUGAAAAAAACAAGUUGUAUGUAUUUUUUCUUCUGACAUGGGAUUGUUCAAAAUUCAGCUAUUUACGUAAUGAUGUACGGGAAGAGAAAAACUUGGGUGGAAAUUUGUAAAAGUGUCACUAAUAGAAAAGUGGGUUAAGGAGAUGAGUACUACUGUUACUGCUAAGGGAGAAGGGGCUUUACGUAUGGUGCUAUCUGCUACAUGUUGAAACACUAAUUUUGUUAUUUGGCUACAAGAGACACUGCCAAGUUUUUCAUCAAUAUAUGCUUUCCUGUUUUUUGUUGUUGUUUUUUUUAUGUAAUAAUUUGACAAUGGCAACACUAUAAAAAGAAACAUGUUAAAGGGACACUAUUGUCACCAAAACAACUUUAGCUUAAUGAAGCAGUUUUAGUGUAUAGAUCAUGCCAAUGCAGUCUCACUGCUCAAUUUUCUGCCAUUUAAAAGUUGAAUUACUUUUGUUUCAGUUUAUGCAGCCCUAGCCACACCUCCCCUGUCUGUGAUUGACACAGCCUGCAUGAAAAAUAAUAUUUAAUUUUCAAUCAGAUGUUAACUUGCUUUAAAUGUUUUUAUCUCUUGCUCUGUAAAUUGAAAAUUAAUUACAUACAGGAGGCUACUGCAGGGUUUAGCAAGCUAUUAACAGAGCAGGAGAUAAGAAAUUCUAAAUUAAACAGAAUUUGUAGUAAAGGAAGUAUAAAUAUUAGAUGUCUCUUUACAGGAAGUGUUUAGGAAGGCUGUGCAAGACAAGGUGCCAUAACGUUUGCUAUUAUAAAAACCUUAUAUUUGUUUUUGUUUUUUAUUUCAUGCAUUACGCAUUCUACUCUGUUAACCUGGGGUACCAACAUUGUGCACCUUUCCUGUUAUCUCCAGUACUAGGAUCCUUACCGACGUGUAGGCAACAUAUUUUUAAUUAAAAAGAAUAAAAUAAUUUGGGUUCAAUAUCUGAAAGUGUACCAAUCAUCAAAGAAACCUAUAGAAUAUUCAUACUGAUUUCACCUGACCUAUUUGGUUUCCAUGGGGAUUGCUCCAUUUUUACAGCUUUGCCCCACAUUUCUCUUGGUCUGAUUACUUGGUGUAAUUACUCUUGUAGGAAAAUAAGGCAGUUUUGGAUUUCUAAAUCUCGAUUGCAUCGCUGUGCUCCAGUAUUGUAACGUUGGCCCUAAAGGAUAAGUGACACUGUUUCAGCCUAUAUAGAUUAGAGUAACUUUACGUAUAUGAUGUCAGAAUGAAUGGUUUGGGAGCCAUUUAUCUAAUCACAUAGUUUCCAUAUAUUAAAUUAUUUUAAACAUAUAAUUCCAUAGAACGUUGGGUCUACAAGAAGACGUCUGUUGUAUUUAACACCUUGAGGACAGAGCUUCAGAAGCUUGUCUUUCACUUGAUGACAACAGCGUUUUUUUCAUUUUUUGCUGUUUGUGUUCAACUGCAAUUUGCAUUUUACUAACUUAUUGCACCGACACAUAUUAUAUAUCAUUUUUUAAAGGACAGAAAGGGCUUUAAUUUGAUGUAACAUAUAUAUAUAUAUAUAUAUAUAUAUAUGCUUAUUUAUUAUAAAAAAUACAGAAAAAUGCAAAAAAAAUAAAACAUUUGUGUUUUUUUUUUUUACAGUUUUUGCAAUAAUAAUGUGUGCAUAAUUAGUGCAGGUUAAUUAAAGUAAUUAAAAAUAAAUUAAUUUAGUUGUUCUGAUUUACAGAAUAUAUAAUGUGUCUGGGAUUUUAAGUUUUUUUUUGGUAGUUACAGGUCACAAAACACAAGGAGUAAAAUAAACCUUUAAUGUGGAGCGAUUUUAGAAUUUGGUAUGUUUGUCUUGUAAGCUUAAUAGCCAUAAAAGAAAACAAAAUUGCCACACAAAAGUAUAUAUUUAUAUAAAGUAGACAUCACGGGCUAUUGUUUUGACACUUUCUACGUAGCCAUUUCACCGCCAACCUCUGCUAAAUAUUGGAGUAAAAUUGUGUUUGUUUCUGGCGCACAAACUUAUAACAAAGAAAUUCUCGUGUAUAUUUUAUAAAGUUGGGGUGUUUUAUUCCUGUACAAAGUUUUAUUUUGUGUUCAGUUACAUCUGCUGAGUAAAAUGACACCCCCAUUGUAUGUCUUUGGCACUAUUUCAUGAAGUUACAGUGCCAUAUAAGAGGCCUGUUCUUUUCAGUAUUUACAGUAGAAUUUUGAGAGAUGGAUUUAAUGAGCCUAUGCUUCCAUUUGGGGUAUUAUAACAGUUUGACUGUUCAAAAAAGCCCACAAAGGCCUACCAUUUGUAAAAGUAGACACUCCAGGGUAUCUCAUAAGGUGCAUAUUGUGCCUUAACAUGCCCCCAUUUUUUCACCAAUAUAUGCCAAAGUAUGUGGUAAAAAAUAAUUUUGUGCGUUUUUUACAUUGCAUUUUUGCUGGGCAUUUUGUAUAUUUCACAUGUUCCACUAAGUUCAACCCCCCCAAGUUAUGCUCAGCUAAGUCUUCUGAGUAAAAUGACACCCCCAUUGCAUGUCUUUGGCACUAUUUCGUGAAGCUACAGUGCCAUAUAGGAGACCAAGCCAUAUCAGUUUUUACCGAACUUUGAAUUUUGACGCUGGGCCUAUGUGCAAUUUCCAAGCAUCUUAGCAGGGUUUAAAUUCAAACUACCCCACAAAGGCCUACUAUUUCUUAAAGUAGACACCCCAGGGUAUUUCAAAAGGUAUAUAUUGAACCUUAGCGUGGGAUCAUUUUUCCGCUAGCUUGUACCAAGUGUAAUGGUAAUAAGUGUUUUUUCUGCCUUUUUGACACACAAAGUGAGUUUGCACAGUAUAUUUUGCAAACCUUAUGUGUGCUACGACUGUAUAAUACUUCAUAUGUUGCUCAGCUAUGUCGGCUGAGUACAGCAAUACCCCAGUAUGUACCUUUGCCAGGUAUAUGUGGAUGUUGAAGGGGCACAUUUGAGACGCAGCCAUUCAGUUUUCUUUCUAACUUUGAAGUUUUACGAUGUGUCCAUGUUCCAAUUUGGAGUAGUUUAGAAGGUUGGUUAUUGAAACUUCCCCACAAACACAUACUAUGUAUUAAAGAAUACACUCUGGGGUAAUUCAAAAGGCAUAUUUUGAACCUUAGUGUGGGAUCAUUUUUUCUCUAGUUUGUUCCAGGUGUAGUGGUAAUGAGCGUUUUUAAAUGUAUUUUUUUGCUUUUUGAAACUUUUCUUACUUUUAAAAACUAGUUUUUAAACUUUUGUUUUGCUUAUUAUUUUUUUUUUAACUUUCCUAAUCUUUCUUAAAACUUUUUUUUACAGAUUUUUUUUUACCGUUAACCCCUAACUAGCAGUAAGCAGCACUAACAGUAAAUUCCCAGUUUUCCCAUAACUCCCACCCACCCCAGCUAGCAAAAUAUAUAAUUAUAAAAUAUUUAAAUUAAUUAAUUAAAUAAAUUGAACCCCUGAGGGUUAAGAAAUAAAUGAAAAUUAAUCCUCAGGGGUUAAAAAAAAUUAGAUCACAAUAUAAUACUCUGAUCUGAAUUUUGAUCACUGUAGGCAGUGAUCGACUGGCAGGGAAGGGGUUAAUUUUUAUUUGGACUAGGUAAAGUGGGGUGUUUUUUUAUUUUUUUACUUAAACGUUAUUAAAACUUUUUUUAGCUUAAUUUUUAACUCUUUAAAGUUUAUUUUAAAACUUUUUUUAACGUUCACCCCUAGUUAGCCUAACACCAAAUCACCCAAUUCCCCACUAACUUCCACCCACCCCAGCUAGCUAACUAUAGAAUUUUAAAAUAUUUAAAUUAAUUAAUUAAAUAAAUUUAACCCCUGAGGGUUAAAAAAAUAAAAGAAUUAACCCUCAGGGGUUAAAAAAAAAAUCAGAUGACAGUAAAAUGUAAUCCCUGCCAAUUGAUCACUGUAGCCAGUGAUCAAUUGGCAGGGAAGGAGUUAUUUUUUUAUUAAAAUGGGCAAAGGGGGGUGGGAUUUUAAAUUAACUUUAUUUAUUUUUUACACAGGGGGCAGGAUCAUCACUGUUCCGGCUCCCUGCACUUCACACAGAACCAGGAAGUGCAGGGAGGCGGAAGGUGAGUAUAUGGAGCACAUGUACUCGCUCUGACAGCCUGCUGGGGCAGCACUAUUGGGUGCUCCCGGUCUGCCUCUAAUACAGAGGCAGACCGGAGCACCAUUAACCCCGUGAUCGCCACAAUAGCGGCGAUCCGGGGUUAAUUUUAACGGGUGAUGGACGAGGUCCGUCACUCGUCGUUAUGGCAAUCCCCUGAGUGACGGACCUCGUCCGUCACUCGUCAUUAAGGGGUUAAAGUAAAUGUAGUUAUACUGUCCUCCAAUUUGUAUAAUGGCAUACGAUGAUCAAUAACGGCAACAAAACAACAGAUUUAUGCGAAUACCUAUAUGGAUUUCCAGAAGGAAUAUAAUUUUUUUUUAAAUAUGUGAUGUCAGGAGGACUUUAGCUCAAAAGUCCUUUUGUUGUCCUGUUCUAAGUGACAGGUGAGACAGACAAGGAAAUGGUUGUCCAGCUCUCAUUGUAGUGUAGAUAUCCGAUCUCAACAGAUGAGUCUGGGCUCCUCUUUGGGCCGGCCAGCAAUGCUGGAUGGUUGUAACUCAUUAAUCACAGAGAGGAUAUGGGAGAGAGAUGUACUUAAUUAUAACUACAGAGCACAUCGCUCAGUGGGGAACAGCAUGCGCUGAAUACAUCAAGGUUGUCCCACCUCCAUUAUCAAUGCAAUGACAGAGAUUGCUUAACGUGUACCUUGAUCUCACAGCUCAGAGCUGCAUCAGCUAUUUUGGAGAGGUUUGGGUUACGGGAACUGCUAAGCUGUGAAUGAAGGAUGGUUUUGAUGAGAUUAUUUAUUGCUUCUUGUAAAAUUUCAAGGUGCAGUAAUGAAAUCAAAGUGAAUUCAAGGGAUUAGAUAAAGAUGGAUUUGACAUCAGAAACUGUAAUGAACCGCAAACAUUAAUCGUGCAGCUUUUUGUUACACAUCAGUAGUGUUCAGGAGCCCCGUGAGGUCACCUUGCUACCUUCGGAUAUCGUCUGAAUAUUGUACUGAAUUGUGUCCUUUCUUUUCUUAGUGUGAAGAUGGUCUUGUUAUGGACAGCGGGGGACUGUUUCAAGACGGGUUAUUUUGUUCUUAAAGCUACCCCUGCCCAGUUCUGGAUGUGUGGGACAUUACAGAUCUGCAUCGACUUGGCCAUCAUCUUACAAGUCUUUCUUUACGCUCAGAAGCCACAUUCCAAGUUUGGCUAGCAAGCCCGUCCAAAAAUGCUGAAGCUGUUAAAGAUGUGAUAUACAAAAAAAAAAAAGUGAUACAAUAUUUUACAGCACAACCAAAGAAUAUAAAGUAAAAAGUAACAGCGCCAGUUACAAAAACCAAACCAAAACAUUAAUUACAGAAUGUAUUUAUUAUCACCAUUGAGAUCUUUCAAAAACUGAUCUACUUGAAAGCAGGUGCUUCACAGAAAAAAAAACAAAUGUAUAUUUAUAUUGAUCAUAUGAAUACAGUAUAUAUUUUAUCAAAGAUUUUAUUUGGAUGAUGUCUUCCAUUUGACAGGCACCUCCAUAAAUGUAUUACUGGUGAAUAUAUUUUUUACUUAUUGGAGGUGCAGUCCUUCAGAUAUUAAUGUUAGCCUGGAAUAUUAGGUAAGUCUGCUGAACUAACCUGGAAUACGAUUGACAAUUAUGUUUCAAAUAUAUAUAGAUGUAGAUUGGAAUGGCUAACCCUCUGGUAGUUACAAUAUAAUGGUUAUAUUAAUUAAAAUGUUUUGGUAUGUUGAUUACAUUUCUAAAUGCCAAAUGAACCUACAAAUUAUUUGUGAAGAGAUAUAUCUUUUAUCAUGGAUUAAGGAACAAUUGAUCAGUCCAUUACGGUAUCUUCAACAAAGGCAAUCGUAAGAGACAAAUCUUCACCAAAUGGACUUCAUGUGCAGAAUAACUGGAUGAGUUUGAGAACAUCUGGGUCCACUGUAAUGAAUGGCGCACUUCAGAUCACGUAGAUAUUGGCAGUGGUUGUAGUACUCUAAUCUACCUGCCUGUCUUGCCCAGUGACCUGUUUUUGGAGACAAAUACCGUUAGUCGCCAUAUAAGUCACACAUGGAAUCUGAUAAGGACCCAAUAUUCCAGGAGAAUGUGUAAAUGACUGUUCUGCAAUGGUUGAUUAUUGAUGUAAACUAUUGGGACGCUGUAGAUGGUGAUAGACUCCGGAGUUUAUUUACACUAGCCAGACUACACAAAAUCAAUACUUUGGAACUUCAUGCCAAACUUUUUUGUACCCUGUAGUGAUUACACGGUAUAAUAUCACAUGUAACAGACAGGAUUACAACUCCCUGCCACCGACCCCAUUAAACCACCGUGCCACAACGAAUGGUGGCCGGACAUAUUAAUAAAGAUUAGUUAAUGAAUAAUAGCAGUUAGUUAACUGAUAACAAUUCUGUAUAUAUAUAUAUAUAUAUAUAUAUAUAUCACAAAUUAAUCCUUUAUCCUGGUUUUCCGGUCAAACUUGUAUUAAUGACAUUAAUUAGUGACAGUGGAUCUGAAAUGUGAUUAUUUAGUAAUAAUGUGGAUGUCAACUUUUGCUCUCGCUUAAAGUCAUCUGUCUUCCUAUUUCUACUCUUUGUUUUCAAAGGUUUAUUACAGUAAAUUAAAGUCAAUGAUAUUUGUGUAAAUUAGAUAUAGUUCUCUUUUAAUCUGGCUGGUUAGCCAUGUUGGGUCAGAUUCUACUGUUAUCUGACCAACUGCUGCUUAACCUAACACCUAACUUGGUCAAAUAACAGUCAAGUGUGACCCAACAUGGCUGCUCAGCCAAAUAAAAAAAAAAAAUAAAAUUACACAAAACAAUAUACAUCAAUUUAAAAAAUACCAUUUCAUUAAAUGUAAUAAACUUUAAAAAAAACUCAAAAAAGUUACAAAG